AUGGCGGAGAGUGCGGAACUGAAGGUAAGGCGCAGCCUGAAAUCAUUAUAAAUGUACUCGGUUACUAAGCCAUCGGUUGUCAGUUAAAACACUGUGCCGGAUAUUUAAGCCUCGGGGGGCUGAGGUGUGGUCAGAUUUGUUAUUUUCCGUGCAAACACAACAGGAACUUUAUUGAAUCCGCGAGCGCCAAAAGCUGCGCGAGCGUGUUUAUGUUGAUAUUGAGCCGCGCGCUGGUUUGGCUGAACGGACCGUUUUCAUCAGCACACCAGCUCGAGCCAGGGCGGGUUUUACGUUAUCCUCUCAGUCUGUUUAAACACAAUUUAUCUCUUCUCUUCGUUUCUUUUAAUCUCUCUCUCAGAGGUUUGUUAGAUCAUUUUUUUUUUGGUAUAUAAAAAAAUAACGAGCUCGCGACCGUCUGUCUCGCGCUCAGACUGUCAGACACUUUGAGUGACAGCAGCAUCACCCCGCUGAGUCAAGUUGAAACCCUGAUUUUCUGCUCAUAAAUGUGGAUAUAAAGUUGAUAUAUCGCGUCUUUGCAGAGUGUGAGUGUGUCCGCUGCUUGAGCCGGCUCACCUGGCCUCUUCAUUCUUACCUGCUGUGACUCACUUUACCUGUUGAUACCUGCAGUAGAAACCCGCCUCUCCUCACAUAACGGUGCUCUGUCUGCUGUUUAACCCAACUCUUCCUUAUUUCUGCUGCUACUCUUAUGCUCUUUUGUGAUAUUUAAACUGAACCCUAACAUUAAUUGAACUUUGUAGCGCAGAGUUGUAUCAUAUUAUGCAGAAAUUGAUCCGAGUCUUGGGCUAUUUUUAGACCUCUUUCCCUGGUGUGUCUCCCCGCCUGCCUGCUCGGGGUCUGUGGAUCUAUAGUACCUGCUUCUUGGAGCCAGCUGCUGCUCAGCUCCACUCUCUGUAAUGAACAGGGUUUUUUUUAGCUGCACACUCUGCCUCUUUGAAAAGCCAGAUGUGGUCUUCUUGCUGCGGAUCAUCCCAGUGCUAGUGUUAUAGGUUCUCCUCUUAUUAAUAAGAUGUGGCACAGCUUCUUAAAACAAAACAUCUGCUUGGUUUUUCUGAUAGCAUUUUUUUUAUUUUAUUUUGGUAAAUGCUGAUUUCUCUGUUUUAUUUUUAGGCAAAUUGAGUGAUGAUUUAAAAAAAAGUGCAUUUCAGAGACGAGAAUGGGUUUUGCUAUUGUGUGGUGGACGCCUUUCUCGCUGAAAUGAAGUUUUCUCCUGUUGAUGCUGCUCUGGUUUCAGACUGUUAACCCCACACGCUGCUUUAAACUAAGAGGGAACCACUAAUGAAACUUCACUUACUCCAGCACGGAAGCUUUUAAAUGAAGUCUUAUUUUCUUUGAGCAUCAUAUAUGCAUUGCAGAGGGUUCUGAAGUAGGAUCUGACAGCCUGAUCUGAGGACUUGUUGAGGUCUGGCUUGAGUAGAGAUUUCCUGGUGCUUGGAUUGGUACCAGACGGGAUGACCUUCAAAGUGGUCAGUUUGCUUUGUUGAUCGUAGAACAACAAGACUGUCUAUCUAUGAAUAGUGAGUCUUUGAGAUGGUGUGGUUUGAGCACAAUUUAACCUUCCUCCGUGUGUUAGCUUUUACUUUGCACCCACCAUGUUCAAAGUCGGUUUUGACCUGUGUCUUAAAUUAGCUGUAAGUUACAAUAAAAACAAUUCUCUAUCAUCCAGUUUGGUUCUCAUCUCUAGAUUACUUUGUUGGGCUUUAUGUGGUCCUCUGGGCCUUUCUUUGUCAGUAUACCCCUCACACAGACAUCUAUACUGAAUUGAUCUCACAUGUCUGGACUUGGCCGACGUUGUUUUUCGUGCAGGGAAAAACACAGCAAAAUGAGAAUUUCCUAAAUCUCACAUGAUUGGAAGAGGAUGUGACUGUCAGUGUGGUGCCUGCCAGUGCACUUAUGAUUUCAGUUUUUACUCUGAUUAUUAGAUAUUAAUCUAACCGGGUCAACAGCGACCCUAACAUGACAAGUGACAUAAUUUUAAUAACAGCUCUUUAUAAUCUAGUCAGUUAAAUUUAUUUAUUUUUAUUUUGUUGAAAUCGAGGUUCCUGACAAAGUCAAAAAGUCUUGAUGCAAAAAAGCUGAUUUAAGUGGUUCUUUUAAGAAGUAAAAUAAACGGGUCAGUGCAGACCCUAACACAGGAGGAGGGUCAAGAGAUUGCUGAGAAAAGUGACUCACAUUACCAGACAUUUCUCUAGUCUAAAAAAGUUUGUUAGAUAUCUGCAUCAGCAUGCAUCUUUACUUUUUUUGAAAUGUGAAUAAAGCAAGCACCAAUUUGUCUCUGACAUUUUUCAUCAGAUAUGUCUGAGCUGUAGGUGUCUUCAGUAAAGCAAGGCUGAAAUUGUGUAUUGUAGACUUGUUGUAACCUGACAUAACAGGUAUUAGACAGUGAUGCGUUCAUGUGAAGAAAACAGGAUAACUUAGUUAAAUUAAACUGUGUAGCAGACAGAUUGUCGAGGGUAAUAUCAGGCAUAUUCUGAUUCAUAAAGAGCCGAUUAAGCAGAGUGAUACUAUGGAAAUGAUGAGGGUUGCUGAUUAUAGCUGCUGUUUCAUUUGGUCUAACAACACUUUCUUCUUGUUUAAUUAUAUUUUUGUCAUGGUUCCAGGAACGUUGUCUUGCUUUCUACCAAAGAAGUGUCAGACCUCUGCUCAGGUGUGAGAUCUACAUGAGAGAAGACAGCAGCCCUGUGUGAAACGCCGGUUUGCAGUUUUCAUCUCUAGAGAAUUUAAUGAGUCAAUAGCAACAGCUCUUUUUCUCAGUUGUAGGUGGAAAUAUGUCGGCCCUGAGCUGAUACAACUCCUCAUCAGAGAGUGACUCUUUGAAAGCCAAAAAAAAAAAAAACAUAAAGAAGAGAUUGGUCACAACUGCGGGAGCCAAAUAUCUGUUUACAGCUUCACUUUGAGGAAUGUUUAUUUGGCGGAUGAUUGUACUUAAUUUGAAUUUGACACAGACAUCACAGUAGAGGCUCUGUUUAGUGUCGGAGCCUCAAAUGCAUAACUCUCAAUUCUCAGAUCACUAGAUUUCCCUAUGAGAUCAUUAAAUGGUUCAAAUUUGCACAAUAUCAAAACUUCAUGUGACAUUUGUCUUUGAAAGAAUAACUGAUUUGCAAGAUAUUAUCCUGAUAAUAAUCAAAGAUUGCCGAUAAGGACCCUCUCUAGUGUUCAGUGGCAUUUGGUAGAACAGACUGGGCAGGGUGAGCCUUUCAUAAGAAUGGGUCUCCUUCCACAGAGGCUGCCAUUUUGCUUGGCCAUUUUUCUACAGGAGCACAGAAUGGAUCAAUAACACAUAUAUGCUUUUGUACUUAGUGAGUCACUGCUGAAAAAUAUCUGCCGUGAUUGAUGGUAAAAUUGAAAAGAAAAUGGAGGAUUGCUCAUAUCUUGUUGGACAGACUUGCCUCUCUGUUGGGGAUAUCAACAAUUUGUUGAGUUUUGAGUGAUUGAUUUUGGAGGAAAUGCGCAAACACACUUGAGAUAAAAAUAUCACAUACUCUCACGUCUAUCAGGGUGGUGUUUUAAGUUUUAAGCGUGUUUCAGUGCAAACCAACGAGCAGAAGGUGUUGCAGCUUUGCUCAGCUGAGGCUGCAGCCACAUGCUCUGCAAUGGUUCUUCUUUUUAGGGGCGAAUACACAACAGCUCCUGCUGCGUACAACAUGGACACAGAGAUUGAGAACUUUUACAUGACCCACUUUUGGAUAUAAAGCCAACAGACUGGUGUAAAGUUUAUGCAGAACGAUUUCCCAGACUGGCGUAGCUAACACACUAGUAACUGCAUUUCAGCAACAUCAGUGCUGUUUACGUGCAUGUUUUCUGCUGAUUGUGACCCAGUUGCUGUCCCAAUUUACAGCCAACCAUGUGGACUUACUUCAUUUUUUAAUGAGAUAAUGAGAACUCGUAAGCAGAAAGCUGUUAUUGUUAAUCUCAAAUACUUUUCUGUUCAGAUCUGUUGUUGCAACAUUCAUUUGAGCAGUUUGAGCCUCGCUCAACGUGACGAUAUGUCUACAAUCAUUACUUAUUUGAGCCUGCUCUGCAUGAUGAUAUUUGUACAUUUAACAGUUUAUACCCUUAUAGAAACAAAGUGAUUGAGUCAUGUUUUUGACGAGUGAUCAAAACCCGAUCAAGACCAUUUUCAAAGAACGAUCGAGGAUAUUGUUUGGGAUUCACAUCCUAACAUCCCGGGAAGAUUUUUUUGGUGGAUAUUCCCAUUAAAGCAAAAAUAAACCUCAGUGUUUCUGCUACUUUGGAGCAUUUUGCUGCUCUUUCACGCCUGAGCAAACUAAGGGUGUGUUAUUUUAAUGAAUGAAUUUGUUCCUCUUACUCAUAUUCAGACCAUGGGCUGGUUUGUCAAAUGAAAGGCAUCCUGCAAAUCAGAAGCUGAAACCAGGAAUUAAUAGGUAAAACUGUGGUAUGUUGAUAAUCAAAAAUGUUGCUUUUUGUUCACAAGUCAUGGAAGUUUUUGAAACACAAAAUGUUGGUGCUACCUGCUUUACUGUUCUGGUUUCAAAGCUGUACUCAGAGAGGCGUUUAAAGGCAAAAAAGUUAUCAGUAACUCAUAUUUUUGACUGGAAAACAGUUGUGAUUAAGUUUUGGAGAGUUUCAGUUUGGGUCGCCGUUUGUCACUUUUCUGAACGAAGUGACUGAUGUUAUAUUAUUUUGGUUAAAAAGGAUUUUCACAUUUAGGGGAUCUUUAAGUAUUUGUGCGAUCUACUAAAAAUAUUAAGAUUAUUCAAUGAAUUGAGAAAUAUAUUCUUGUUAAUUGUUUUGUACCUUGUCUAAUUAGUUCUUCACCUAAUCCUUUAUCUGUAUUGUACAUUGGUUUGUACUGCAGUGCUGCAUGUUUGGUUCAUGUUGCCUCAGGCUGUAUAAUAGCAAUGUGAGCACACAUCUGUGAUUCAGCCAAAAAUCUGUGCGUGUGAAAUCCUCAGAUGUUGCCAGGCCUCCAAAUGUGUCCUGUUGCAUCGCAUUUUGUUUCACAGGCGCUGCGAUCGGCCUCAGCGUCUUUGAACUCUCUUCUCUCUCUCUCUCUCUCUCUUCUGUGGAGCUGCUGCAGCAGCAACCUGGCAAUACAAAUAAGUGUCUGUGCGCUGGCGGCUUAUAGGUGGAGACAGUCUAUUUGUAGAGCCUGUGGCUAGGUUAAUCCCUAAUGAUACAGGCCCUCUUCUCUGCUCCUCUACAUCCUUUCAACACCUGCCUUUUUCUCUUAUUGUCAUCGUCAUUAUCGCUGCAGUUAAUUAUCAGUGGAGGGGGGAUUAGACGUUCGGGUGGAUAUCAGCUCAGUGAAUGAUAGCUGUUCUAAUGUAAUGGGGUGUUUAAAGCUGACAUGCAUGUGCUGGUAAUUUGAGGGUGUAUCAGGCUCAUAUUAGGGGACAGGUUUGGCAUUUCACAGCAUCCUGUUAUGGUAAAGCAGGAAAGAUGGAUGUACACUAUACGGCACUAAACAGAGAGUAAAGCUAACAGUGUGAAGCAUGACACAGAUGUUUCAUGUCACAUCUGUUACAGAGAUGUCAGGGGUGUUAACCAGCUGGAACAAACUGUUAGAGAUACUUCAUUGCUCCUUCCCUUGUUCCCAAGAUUUAAGUUUAUGGUAUAUGCCCCCAGAUAAUUACACCAACAUGCUUCCUCAUCUUUGCUUCGUAUGUUCAUCCCUGUAAAACUGGCAUUUCAGCGUCUCUAUUGUCCAAUAUUUUGCCCUGUGGGAGUGCGUAUUCUCAGCAGCCAUCGACUUCUGUAAGGCUCCGGCGAGACGGUGCUUUUCUUAACUCCUGUGGUGAUUUUGUUACAUGGUCUUGUUGCCGUGGAAACAUGUCACAUUUGAGAUCGGCACUAGUAGGUAGCAGUCUGGACUUCAAUUCUGGACUUCAAUAAUCAGAAAAAUCAGAGAGGUUGUUCUGAAUCAGGGCCGAUAAAUGAAUGCAGGUGUCUUGUGAAAGUCAUUUGAAUAUAUUUUGUGUCCUGCUGCUGCAGUUUUCAGCAGUCUGGUGUCUCUGUCAGACCCUCACCUUGAAGCUCUUAAAUCUCCUCACCCAAGGCACGCUGCUUUCUGUAACUUGCGUGCAGAGUUUAGUUUUACUGUCACUUUAUUUCGUUGUGACUCAUAAUUCUCUUAAAACUUGCAGCAGUGUGUCAGAAGCUGUCGUGUAUUACAUGCAUCAGGGUUAGCCUCUGUUUCCUAUAAAGCUUAAGCCUGAGUUUUAUGUCUCCCUACCUUGGUGCAGGAUGUUUGUUUGUGUUGCAAAUAACAUAUGACAGCAUCUGCACCACAGAUGACUCAAAUAGAGACAUCUAAGUGAAACUAUAUUUGAACACCUGAAGCUGGAAAUUUAGGAGGAACCAUCACUUCAAACUUCUACUUAUAAUUCAUUUUAAUAUUUAUUAUUGUUACGUAGAAUUUAAACAUCAGUAUGGACAGAUGGAAACUUACUGAUUUAAAGAGAAAGUACCGUAAAUGGCUGUCUUACCUGCGAUGGGCUAUUCAGGUGAGUGUAAGCGGACAGAAGUCUACACAUAUUCUCUAUCAACCAGUCAGUAAAAAGUUUAGUCUGUAGCAUAUAAGUUAAAUAAAAAAUAAGAAGCUAAUUAACACCAGUUCAAUAUGGGUGGAGCUGCACAUAUGCGUACUAAAUAUAGAAGAGGAUUUGAGUCCAAAUGUCGUGAAUUAUUUGGAGAACCUCUAAAAAACCCUUGACCUCCCUCAGUCUUUAGUUUUUCUGCAUGACCUCUGAUUCAACGCUGACAUCUACAUGAACUGGACUAGUUAGAUGUUAAUGGUCGACAGUUGGGAUAGAGCUGCAGUGGUUAGAGGUUCUGUUGAUUACACAAUUAUUGGCUCAACUCUUAUGAAUUUUAAUAUAAGCUACCUAUCAGAUAUGUAUUUCCAUUUUGAUUCAAACAUAUAGUUUAAGGUUACUGGAAUGGACUAUUUGGUAUUUAUCAAAUUAAAUUUAUUUUUUACACCUCAGUUAGAUCUGGUCCAAGAGCCAUAAAGUGUUAUUUUAUACUUAAGUAUGGCAAGAAAAAUCCAAUCUAUGACUGUUUUUGUUUGUUUGACAUUUUAGUAAAAAUGACACUUUCACUGCUGUUUUCUUUCUGAUACACUGAAAGCCUAACUUUCACCUCUUUGCCAUUGAUUAUAAGUUAGAUUACAAUGCAUUAGAUUGCACCAAAAUACAUAAACAUUGCUCUUGUUUUCUAGCAGUGCAGAGGUAUUCCUAAUCCAUUUUGCAGAAAUAUCCACUCAGACAGAAGGAUAAUCUGAUUAAAUUUUGGUCGUCUAAUUUCCAUGAACAGAAUUUCCCAGUAUCUACAGGAUGGGGUUUUAAUAUGACUGUAAAAUCGAUUUUAAUAUUUUAUUAUUUGUCUGUGGAAAAACUUUCCCCGCUGGAGAGAAAGUGUUAGUACUAAAAUUUUGGUGCUACCUUUCCUGCCUAAUGAAGCCACACAUAAAACAUCACUUAGCGGGAAACUCUGAUGGAUGUGAACUGUGACUUGACUUGGCAGAGGCAAUCAUUAAGAAGCAUUUCUGUUUCUUCUUUCAUGUGAAGUGAGAAUUACAACUAAUGUCAGGCUUUGUCUCUAAAUGAAAAAAGAAAUAGAGAAAAAAACAGAGUGGAGACGAUUGCAAAUGCCCAGCUGUUUCUUAUUCAGGGCAAAUCAUUUCCUCCCUUAUACUUGUUAAAUGCCAAACCCUGACACCUGCAGCCUUGCAACCUCCUGUCUCAGGUGAUGAAUAAUUAUUAGUGUGGUGGAUUUCUGGGAGAGUGGAGCUGCUGCUGCUGCUGCUGGAGAUGUUUCUGUUGAGCCCUGCACUGUGGACUUGAAAAGCUUCAUAGCUAAUAAUAGAAGUGAGAUGCCUUAGCCUCUCUCCGGUGGCCUUUGACCUGAGGGGCUGCAGCUUAAGACACUGAUUCACUAACACUGGCCAGACUAAGAGGCAGCGUGCUGUAAGUGAAAAAUCCCCCUGCAUCUCAUGUGAAAAACAUCCUUUGUGCACUUUGGUUUGAGGAUAAAGUGAAGUGAAAAUCUUCUGAUGAUUCAGUGUCACUGCCUGCCUGUGGAGUAAUUCUGUUUCUGGUUAAUUUUGUACUCUGUACAUUUGAUUGUUUACGCAGCAAACAAAUUAAAAUGCCUGUCAAAACGAAUCAGUAAAUCUCUGUUAGGGAGUGGUCUGAUCCACAAUAGUGUCUUAUUACAGUAUAAUAUGAUUUCUUAGAUGGAUUAAGUUUGAUUUCUUAAUCUUCAGGCUGAUUAAUUAGUCAGUAUGAAACAGACUCUCAGUUGUAGUAUGCAGUUUGAUUUAGGAUAACAACAUGUUUGGUGGGUUGGCACCAUUGGCAUAGUGGCAUAGCGCCCAGUGAACAGAGGCUAUAGUCCUGGCCAAUGCAGCCAAUGGUUGGACUCCUGACCAUGAACACUUGCUUCCUCCACUCUUAAAGACCCACUCCCAUGAAAAUCAUGUUUUUCUUGUUGUCUACAUGUUCAUGUGGCAUUUUUUUGAUGCUACAGGAAAUAUCAUGAGAAAAAUAAGUGUGAAAUUGCAUUUCUGAGUAUUUCUUCAUUUAAAUCGCUGUGAAUCUCUGGCAGACCCAAACGUCAGGUUCAGAAACAGUGAGAUUUCAUAUGUCACAAAUCCAAGCUUCAACCCCUAAAGCCAUUAGUGUUUGAGAGCUGAAUAGCUCCUAUGUGACCUGCUUCUUCUACUACACCAGCAAUAUUAGGCAGCAAGCUAGUGUGAAGAGGAGUAUGUAGAGCAGCGCCGUCUCUGCCCACGACUCAGAGGCGAACUGCUAAUGAUGUAUUGGAGCUCUGCAGAAGCAAAACCCUUAAAAAUGACACAAUUAAUGUGAUUUUGGCUAUAAAACUUCAUAAUCACAGUUUAAAGAUCACUGAAAACACUUAAAGUAGCUGUUUAAAAAAAAAAAACAGAGUUGGACUUUAACUCUCCACAUUCCGCCUCUCUUCAUCUAUCCUAUCUAUGUAAAGGCAGAAAAUACCUCCAAAAACAAUAAAACAUCUUUAAAUCAAGUCCAGUUAUGAUAGAUUCUGAUACACAAAAAUUAUUUCAUUUAGUACCGAACUAACCACAGACUUAUAGUGAAUAGUAUUCAUAUAUUUAUGUGUUAUAUUGCUGAAAAAAACUGUCAUCUUGGUACUAUAAAGUUCAAAUUAGAGGACUGUUGCUAACGCCAGCAGAGCUAGCACCACCAGCCUUGGGUCCUGUUAGCAGGUCAGCACACCUGGGCUGACUAAGACGAGUGGUUAUGUGGUAACUUAACGCAGCGUACGUCAUACAACUGAAACUCUGCCUUUAUGUCAUAUUGAAAUGUAUAAAGCUUUGUAUCAUUCUGGCAGUAGCCGUGAACAGGAGCUACAGGCUUGGUUUGUGGCAGAUGAUACAUCACAACAUAACCUUUAACCGACUCAGUAUUCAGGUGUUGAAGGGACUGCACACAUUCACAGUCUUACUGGUUAUAAUGUGCUACAUGAAACCUUAUCCUUUAACUUCCAUCAUGCAAACAGAUUUUCAGUUUUUAACUUCCUGUUGCCUCUUGUGUUAUAAAGUCAUCCUAACAUAAGUCAGUUCUAUCUUGGACCCUGUUCUGAGUUGGUGAAACACCCAGAAAUGUAUUUAGCUGCUCAGCCAAAUACAUGCCUCUCUGAAUCUUUCAUUAGCUAUCUCUGUUUAGCUAAUCUCUUUUGCCUCAUAAAGUUUUUGAUGAGUGGAGGAACAUCAAGUCCUUUGCUGAAAUAUUUAUCCGCCAUCCAUCGCGAUAAAGUCAGAGCUUGUGGCACUUUUGAUAACUUAAGGAGGAUGAGCACUUCUUAGCCAGUCAUCCUCCACCGCUGCAGCUAGUUUGCCCCCGUGAAACAUUGUAUACCUAUACUGGAUUUUCAGUGAAUGAUAAAGAAGAGUAAAUAUUAUGUACUGGUUAGUGAAAAAUGAAGUCCUGUGCCUGUUCAGAAUAAUUUUAAUAACAGGCAUAUCUGUUGUCUAAUUCUUGAUUAAAUGUACAUUUCUCUAUCCAGUACUUUUUGUCAGUAUUACCUGAAAGACAUGAACACCUUUGGACUCUAAAAGUGAUACACUAAAGCUGCCUUGCAAAAAAAACAACAACAACCCAAAGCUGAUUUAUGAUGAUAAUCUCAUAUGUUGAUAUUAGAUGAAAUCAAUUAGCCGUAAAUGUAUAGCAGAGUGUAAAUUGAAUUUGGAGGGACUUCAUUCAGCACAGAGCCCUUCAUGCUUUCUUUCUCUGAAUGAAGCUCAGAACUAGUCUGUACUAAUAUAAUUGCACUUCCCAGGCGGCCGUGAGCUCAGCAUCAGAAGAGGACACUCUGGUGAUAAAAAAGGCGUCUGUGCUCUCUUCUCUACCAGCUUCAUGUUUACUGCACAGCCUGCAGCCUGUCUGUGCGAUCCCCCCUUCAUCUCAGUGUUUGCCACCCUCCGCCAACUCGGCAUAAAGGUGCAGAGGGCGAGUGCGGCUCACUGUAGUCUUCCUCCUCCUCCUCCUCAAUGUCUUGCCAGACCAGUGCAAAGGCAUUGUGGUGUCUCAGGUCUGUGGGCAUCUUUAGUCGACCGUUCUCUGGAGAAUUUUCUCUUUAAAAUCUUAUCAGUGGAUUUUGGCAAUUAAAAAUGUUUCUCCCCUAAGAUUUCUUCUCAUGCAUAUUUGACAAUCUUCUGAAAAUGAACUACUUAUUUUUGUGCUUUCUUAAAUUCUGCAUUUGUUUGUCAUGAGAUGUUUUAGAAAUGAUUCUCUAGGUCUGUCAGAGCAUUGCUUUUUCUGGUGGGAUUUAUGCAGGGAAAAAACAAAAUUUUACACGACUAAAAUUCUGUUUUUUUCUGCAUAAAGCAUUUUUUAACAAAGUAAAGCGAUUCCUAUCAGUCCUUUGCUUUAAGAAUCACAUGAAUGUCAUGAGAUGUACUUAUUGGCCUUGACUUUUUGAUGUAUUAUUCAAAUAAACGCUGCAGUGCUGCAUCAGUGUGGUCUGAAAACCUUGACCUAACAGUAGGAGAUGGCUUCAAAGUGCUUUUUAUGUGAAAGACAGCUUUAGCAUUUCAACCUUGUUGACAGACCUGGAGUCAGUUGUGACUUUUUUCCCAAGCACUGUUGUCAGCUUUCCAAUUUAGUAUCACCCGCAGGUCUAUGGGGGUUCUCACGCUCCAAAAUGGCACUCUGCCGGCUUUUGUGAUGCGGUUGCCCGCUGAUAUCAGUUUGAUUUGCUGCACCUGUAUGAGUGGCUUGUAGGUGGUAGCUUGAACUGGGAAUACUUUGGUGACAUUUUAAUUCCCUUUGACGCAGAGUGCAUAUUACUUUUGACCCGUCAGCUGUGUCCUCUGGGAGAAUUUUGAAGUGAAAUGUCUCUCAAAAGCACAGCGGUGGUGUUAUUUUCCAUCACUGUGGCAGCAGGAAGUAGGAAGACGCGGUAGCAGCUUCACUGUGGUCAUGUGCCAAAAAGGACAAAGAAUAACACGUGAGGAAGAAAAUAACACAUUCAUUUGGGUCUUAAUCACUAUGAGAUUAAUGUGUUAACACUGACAGACCCUUUAAUUGUAACUUAAAUGGUGUGUAUUAUUCAACUUUUACAGUUAACCGUGAGUAAAAAUACAUCUUUUGAUUUUCUGUCAAGUUCUUCAAGUUUCCAAGCUGUCCUGUUUUCUUUUAUGGUAAACUUGUUAAAGGGCACUAACCAGACUAAGCACGCGUGCAAAUAAUUCUGCGCUGUGGGAAUUUGUCACGUCUGAGAGCUAAAAUCAGAAAAAGUUAUUUACAAAUGACACUUUUUCACCCCCUUCCCUUUUUUCCACCCUCAGGGUUGGUUGGUGGUUGUCUCGCAGGUGUUUUUCAAUCACACUUCUCUGUCCGAGUUCUUCCUGCUGUCCUCAUUCACGCCAUAAAACCCGUGUUUUUUGGUUGCUACCUGCAGCAUCUGCUUUCACUGUUUUGGAACCACAUUAGAAACUCUCCUGUCAUUGCUGCAGCUUUGUGCCGUUCGGCACUGAAGGGGAUGAGUUUUUAGAUUCAUUACCAGCAUGUGGUCGAGCUGGGACUCGACCUCUAGCCUCAGGUGUGGUGGCACUUCAUUUAACGUACUAAUGAUAAAAAGGCAACUCAUUUCAAACUCAGUCCAGCAAGGCUGCAUGAACCGCUUUGGGAGAGGAACCGCCCGAUCCAUAUUUUAGUGCCAAACUCAGUCUUUUGUUUGAUCCUCAAUGCGCGCUGAGAUUGUGAUACCACAGAGGCAGGAGGGAGAGAAAACAACAGGCGGAGAGUUAAGCCUGAGUCAGAGUCGCUGGAAGGGUAAGAGGUGGGGGGAUGGGAGGACAGAGAGGGGAGGAGGAUGGGGAGGGAGCUGGCACUCAGUACAGAGACCUCUAGCCGAGAGUGGGAGCUUUAUAUAAUGGCCAGGUAGUGUGCGAGCUCCCCCCCCCCUUCAUCCGCCUACACAACCUCUGCACACCCACACACACACAAACACACACAUCCUGCAGAACCUUUGCAGAAACUGCUUGGCACAACAUUAUUAGCCUCACCAUCUCCCAGUCCCCUGAGAGUCCACAGAACUGCAUUACUGUUCACCUCCUCAAAACCAAAUAAAGUGCUGCAGAUUUUUUAUAUACCCUGCUUACAAACAUGUGGAGCUGAAAGAGAAACCACGCUGCUCCCUAAAAGCAGACUCUUUGGUUUAGUUUAACCAGCUCUGCUUUGAGAUGAUUGGAGGUUUUAGAUUUAAACGGUCCCCUUUUAUGUGAUUAGCUGCGGAAAAGGAUUUGAAUGGGUCAGCAGUUGUUAGCUCGCAUUUGUUUAUGACAGUGAUCCCAACCUGGACAGACCUCAUGUCACUCACUUUCAGCUCAUCUUGGUUUUUAAAUUUCACUUCAGUCUCAUUUAAGUUUAAGUGAAGAAAUGGGGAGUGAAAAAGUCGUUUUUUUUAGUCGGUUGUGUUUGGUGUUUUUUGUUCUGUCUUGACUGGUCAGAAACUUGUGCUGGUUCAGAAACGACUUGCAUGUCAUUGAGGCCAGUUUGCUGCCUGUAUCCGUGCACAGGAACUGCAAAGCAUCAUCCAAAUAACAGAAGAUCAGCCGGUGAUGUGCAAUGCACUGUUGCAUAAACAAUCACAGCAUUAUAUAGAGGAUGAUAUAUCCUCACAUGGUUUACGUGUUCAUAACCACUCUGCAGUGUUGGUAGUCCUUCUCUUAUGAAUGUUGUGUUGAAGCCAGAGAGAAGUUUUCACCCUUUGCUUACAGAUGGAAAAGUAUUUUUAAAAAAAAAGAUAUGUGAAGUUUUGUGAAAGCUGGAAUUGAAUCAAAUGAUCAGUUUUUGGUUUAUAUGGUAACGUUACCCAACAGUAAACAGUGGAAAUCACUUAGGCAGGAACCUCUAUAGAGCCGACACCUGGUAUUUGAGAUGUCUGGCUUCAGGAGAAAUAGUUGACAUACCACAGAUUAAAGUACCACAAAUUGUUUUGGUAUCCGUUUCGUCUCUGGGUUCUCCUUUUAUGUCCAAUCAGGGUUGGCGUUAAAUGUGAUUUAGCGCAGAAACAAAUUCCUCUGUGAGUUUUAUUCUGACUAACACAUAUGCGUCUGGUUUUUACCUUUAUAGACCAGGAUGUAUGAUGGGAAUUGGCUUCAUGGCCAGACCACUUUAAAACCUGUAGAGCAAUUGUAAUACCCUGUAUCCACUGAUUGUGUGGGAUGCUAUUUUUGCUAUUGGAAAGCGGUAUAACUGAAGGUACAAUAUGAUUUCUUGGACAGGGUCCAUGAUAAUGAUAUUACAAGUCAAGAAAACCAUGAACAAAAUGCUCUCAAAUCUAAAGGGAAGGAAGGGAUGAUGUUGUUUGCAACCUUGUGGGCCUGGUGAACAAUAAUCACACUGUUGUUCAGUUUGGUAAAUGGUGCAGCUUGGUGUUUCUUCGUGUGUGUCAGCACAACUCCAUGAAGCUCAGACAUGUGGAGAGCAGAGCAGCAGGAGAGAGAAGCUGGAGCUACAAUAAAAUGCUGUUUAAAUAUUUCCGUGUUACUUGUUGUUGAAAAACAAUUGGAGCUGGAACCAUCUCUGUAAAUUGAGGCAAUGGAGUCAGUCAUGGAAAUGUUUUAGCACACCUUGAGAUGUUUUUCUCACUAUUUUUGAAUAUUUAUACUUGAAAAUUAUCAUAUUGCUGAUGAUUGCCUCUUGGGCUCAGAACCAAGGUGUGGUCUAGAGACUCCUGUUUCACUGCAUUACUUCUAAAUGUCAUCAUAAGUAGUGAAAAAUAUUUAUAGUGCACUGUGUGGCCUCAGGCGGAGGAAAAAAACAACCUUAAAUUUGUCUCCCUACCCGACCAUUCUCAUCUGGCUCCUUUUUUCCAAGCUUAGAUGGAUUUAAUCAUUAUCACAAAAAUCUUUUUAAUCUUCUGCUUCAGUCACGGCUGUGGAGUGGGAAGUUUGAGGACUCUCUGCAGAUUUAUUCACACACACAUGCAAAAAGUGUCGCUGUGUGCAUGUCAUAUGAUAAUCACGUGGCUGAAUGGUGUAGUCGAGGUUUGCACACACACCAGCCAUUUGGUCAGCACAUGCGAUCGGUGCCAUGUUAAUGAUCACUUGCGUGGGUUUGUGUGUGUGAACAUGUCCCCCCUCGCAUGCCAGCUCUUUGUGUGUCGGAUCUGUAGCAUGCAGGCUCGGUGUUUGUGGCUGUCCCCCCUGCGUGUGAGCUCAGCUGAACCGAAGCACCUCGCAUGAGAGCUGUGUAAUAUUCAGUGUGUGUAAUGCAUGUAUGGGCCCCGCGACUGUACAUUAGUGCAUCUCUGUUUGCAUUUGUUUGCAGUUGUAUCCUCUUAGAGAUAAGUGUGAGUUUUUAAUUCAGGUUUGCACGCUAAAGAAAAAGAUCAGUUACCAACUCUUUUCGUAAAUAUUUUGGCAUUCUGAACAAAACAGAUGAUAAAAAACAUCUGUGGACUUAUUGCAACUUUUCAGUCAAACUAGUUAAUAAUCAAAGAGGGUUGAACAAUAACUGUGUCCAACAUAACACUUACAACAGACAUCUGGACUGAAGGUUAUGAGAAACGUGGUUUUAAUCAUUAAAAGAUCUGAUAAUUGUAAUAUAUAAGACAAAAAAUAAAUAAGUCAGGGGUAGGGCUGAGCGAUAAAACAAAAACAAUAUAUAUCGAGAAUUAAUCUCCCUCAAUAUCAAUAUAAAACAUGGUCAGUAUGCUUUUCAAUAGACUAUACAGAUAGCCAGUGAAAAGGGGAGUUGCUCCGGGUCCGCUUUGCGCUGAACCAAUCGUGUGCUGAAUUAGAACCAAGUAGCAAACAACUGUGUAGUAGCAGGCUGCAGCUACAUGCAACCAUAGCACUUUAACACGUGAAGCCGACAGCACUGUUGGUGAGAAAAAAAGAAAAUGAGAGCUAUCCACGGCAGAAAUGCAGAUGAAGGCUCAACAGAUGAUGACACCGUUGACAACACUGGCACGAAAAAAUUGGUGGUGUGGAGGUAUUUUGUUUUUUGAGGUCGGACAUGAAGCAGAGUAAUGUUCACUGCAAAUUAUGUCGAGAACAUGUUCUCGCAAAGUUGGGGAAUACCUCAAAUCUUUUUCACCUCCUGAAGCAGUGCCACGCGGCAGAGCACACACACAAUACAGAAGGUUACAAACCCAGAGCAGAGCAAGGAGCCCAUGGCGCCUCUGCAGCCAAAACAGCCGACCAUGCAGUCCGCUUUCUCUAGCGCAACGCCUUACGACAAAACGCCAGAGACGCAAAGACCUCACAGAUGGAGUAGCGUCUUGUAUUGCGAAGGACAUGCUACUAAUGAGCACUGUUAAAUUUUGUUUUUUAUAUUGUUAUAUAUAUCGAUAUCGACUUAUAUGAAAAAAAUAUAUAUAUUGUCAUAAACUUUUUCUCAUAUCGCCCAGCCCUAGUCAGGGGAUAAAAAUAGGACUCAGGGUGAAUCUUAAGUUAGUAAAUUUCAGUCUGGAAAUCAGUAAAGUUGACCCGAACACCCCUGAAUUGUUGUCUCGGUUAUGAAAAAUAUAAAGAUAUUUUUCAAUCUUCUAUGGAGGUAAACUCAAUAUGAUUGAGCUCUGGCUGGGCCUCUUUUAUAUUGCAAGUCGACCACUGCGGUCUUACCAAGCUCUGCUGUCGUCACGCCUUUGUACUUUCAUACUGAUCCUGAAACCGGCUGUAACAAUCACUGACCGUUAUGAUAGUGUUUUUUUAUCGCUGGGAUUACGCAAAGGCGUGAAUACAUAACAUGAGCUUCACAUUAAUACUCUCAGAUAUGAUCACACAGUCGGUACUGUUCUGCCCUGCCUGCUCCACGACUGUCUCUGUCAUUCCCACAGAUGCAGACAUAGUAUCAUGACCCAAUCCCACCAUCCAGGACAUUUAUAUUGAAGGUGGGACAUUACAGGGGUGCAGAUAUUGGAACUCUGUCCUUUAAGGUGUUUGUUGGUUUUAAUGGAAAGGAAAGAGAGGAGAUAUGGAAGAAAGAGAGAGUGGGGGGAUGACAUGCAGCACAGGAUCAGGGUCGGACUUAAAACUGCGACUGCUGCAGGGAUCAUGGUCCCCAUAUGUAGGGUGCGCUGUAACCCGCUUGGCGAUCUGUGCUCCUUGCAAAUAUCGUACACUUGAGUUGUAAUAUGAAAGGGAUUGUUGGUUCUACAAAAUAAGACUCUUGAACAUAAUAGAAUUUUUUUCCAAUAUCAGAUAAGCUGACAUAAACUCAAACCAAUAGAUAACACACUUUUUUUAAAUUAUAAAGAAAAAAUGACUUUAAAAAUAUAAGACUGUAAAUAUUGGCUGUGCUGAUGUCGUGUUUUUCUUCCUUGCAUUACCUUUACUUUACAAACAUUGCAAAUAGCAAUACUCUCUGACUCAUGCACAUCAAAAUACUUUCAUAAAGCCAGCAUGUUGGAGCGCGUUGUGUUUGUUGUUGUUGGUGUGUCUAAGCUGUUGUGGGAAUGCGCCCCCCUCAAAAUUUGUGCUGUUGGUUUAUUGGUAUUGCAUAAAUCAAUACUCCUUUUUAUAAGGAUAGACAAAUUAGCUUAAAAGACAUCACAACUCAAAAGACGAAAGACUCGGUGCAGAAAAACCGCGCUCCAGAUUGAAAGUGCAGCCAAGAGAUAAUAAAAGAAAGAAGAUGAAGAUGGAGGACAGAUAGUGUGGGCUUUGCAGUAUGAAGGUUUUUUUUCAGAAACUCAAGAUCAUUGUGAGCUGGUCUGAGUGAAAGCUGGGGUUUAUCUCGACAGAUAAAGCCGUCCAUUCAGCUUCUUCCUAACUGUCCCUCCUUAUCAAAGAGUCCCUCUGCUGCCUGUUUGAUUUCAUUCAACACAACUCUGUUUGUCGCCCAGCUUUUCACAUGUCUCAUGAUUUAACCGCUUUCGCAAACUUCCGUAAGAGUUUGUUAUUUCAGAAAAACAUAGUGGUCGAUGGUGAUGAUAAAAAGUCUGGUUUGUUGUUUUUGUCACGAGAAACCAGGAAGAUGAUCAGGAAAUUCAUCUCUCUCUCUCCCUUUCUUUAUGUGUUUCUAUACAUGGUCAAGGAAGAACGGCUCCAUGAUUACUCCAAUGAACAUUAAAGCAUGGAUUAAAGUCUCAGUGAGUGAGGAGAUUUAUGGAGAAGAAGAUGUAGGGUUUGUCAGAUCUUUAUUUUCACUGGGACAAAUCAUUUUCAGUUUUUGUCCAUUUUUUAGAGCGGUGUAAAGAAGCUGAGUCAUGGGAGGCUUUAUUUAAAUCAUCUGAAAAAGUGAAAUCCAGCUGAAUUUCAAGAUAAAGCACUUUAAAGCUGGGACAAAAAUGAAUCUCUUCAGUUAAACCAUCAAUAUGAAAACUGGCUUCUGUUUGAGAGCAUUUUUUUAAAGUAUGAAGCAAAAGUCCAAGUCUUUAAAGAGUCUGGAAAAAAGAAAAAAAUCUACCCUGUGUGUAUUUUGGCAAGAUAGAUUUAAUGUUCAAGCCAGUAAACCUCGCUGCAUUUAAAAGACGCAAAAGCUUCUGCAGUUUAUUGAUAAGCUAAUUAAAAAUGACCAGAAAAACACACCAUGUUCUGGUCACAGCUCCUCCAAGAUGUGGAGAGGCUGUUUUUUCUUGUUUCGAUUUGAACAAAAUAUCUCCAGAUUUCGGCUCUUUGUUGGAGAAAGUAAGUGAGGUGUGUGGAGAUCUCAUUUUUAACCUCUGAACAACAUCUUUUUUUGUCAGUAUUCUGGUCUCUUUUUGGAUGAUUUUUGUCCUUUAUUUUGGCCUCAAUAAAGCAGUGUUGUUUUUUUUAAAGUUUACGUAGCUCUGAUUUGUGCGCCUUGGCUGCUUUGUCCUUUAUUUCAAUAUUAGGCUGGGGUGGCAUAUUUACUUAGGCGUCACCAGAAUCAAACUGAAGGUCAAAAGAUUGGAUUGAAAAUCUACAAUAUGUUAAAAAAGAUUAAAAGCUGUAAAAGCUUAGAAAAACUCGGCACCAUCUCUGACGAGGAGCAUUAUAUCACUUAAAAAUGAGAGUGUCGGGUCCUUGAAUCUCGUCCUCCCUCCUGUUUCACUCGAGCUGUGGAGAAUUACAUUUAGUGUAGAGGCUCAGCUGUUCCCUUUCUCUUCCCAUCCCCCUCCGCUUCAUCCCUCCAUCAGUCAUCUCACCAGCUCUGGACACAGCAAAUUAUUACCCCCUACACACACACACACACACACACACACACAGACACACACCACUCCCCAGUCUGACAGGAACACAGAGGAGAUGAGACUGUUGUUACCAUCAUUCAUGUUUGAAGUGACCACUGAAAACUGCCUGCUAAUAACAUUUCUGUUUAGCUGCUACAGUUUCCAUGAUCAUUUAUGAAGAUCUUAACCCCACACUGAAACACUCAGAAUGCAGAUACUGAUGAAGAGUGAAGUGGACUGAUGUGUCUCAGCUCAGUCAGCCUCCGUUCUUCUAUUACGAACAAAAAUGAUCAACCAGAAAUCCUUAUUUUCAUCUUCCUGACUCGUUGUGAUCACCUAAUCUGCUUUUCAACUCACAGCAGCUGAUUGUACUUAAUGCUUUUAUAAUUCCUGCUGUCAAACAUUAGAGCAUGAAGUCCUUAAUCUGAAUUUGGUUAUCAUGAGCCUCUUUCAAAAAAUGCAAUUCUGGUUUAUUUCUUGAAAUUUUUAUCGGCUCCAAUCUAGAAAUUUUCCAGGGUUGCUUGUUCACACAUUCCCCUCAGAACAUGAAGUUCCUCCUGCUGGACGAGGGAGCUGGUGGACGGGGGUGGGGGCACAAGCCUCAGGAAUCAGGACAUGACAUCAAAAGCACUCAAAGCCAGAGGGUAAUGUUGACGGUGUGAUGGUGGGGAGAGCAGCAAAGACACUGUAGUAACAGUUUCUGCCGUGAUGUGAACGCUGCCUGUAAACCGACAUCUUUGCUGUCUUCAUCUUGAAAAUAAUUCAGUGCCUGUUUUUUGGGUCCAUUCCAGUCACAUGAUUUCAUUGUCACCACCUCACUUCCCACUUGCUUGUGGUGAAUUCUUGCAGUGAAUGGAUUUUUUGCUGUGUUGAUACAUCAGCUCAACUUGACUUCGACUUCACUUGGAACUUUUUCCAGAAAGCUGACAGGAUAUUUCUGGGUAAAGUAAGAUUGAAAAUAACAGAAUAAUAACAAAAUAUGACUUGACUUUUGGGGAUUUAAUGUGAAUACAACUAAGAAGAAAUAUCUGUGAAAGAUCAAGAACUUGACAUUUUUCUGACUUUGAGUUAGGGCUGAGCCACAUGGUCUCAAAUCAAUAUCACGAUAUAUUGAGCAGUUCACCUCGAUAACGAUAAAUGGACGAUAACUACUCCUCAAGCUGCUCACCUCCUCCCACACUAACUUCAUCUACUUAAGCCGCUGCUCCAGCAGCUAUAACUUUUGAACCGUCCUUCAUCUCCUCUCCUGUUUUUCCCUCUUUGUUACGGACUGGAUGGGGUGGAGUCAUAUCUCUGACGUAGGACAGCGUCUUAAAGGGACAUGAGACCAUAGCCUACCUACACACAUCCAAAACCAACUUUUAUUUAUUUAUUUUUUUUGACACUGAAUAUAUUGACAUGAGCAAAAUGACUUUGAUUAUUGCCGUAAAUUUUGGCAUCAGUAGAUUUUCGGUUUAUCGCCCAGCCCUACUUUGAGUCAAAGAAGAUUGCCUUGGCUGCUUGAUUCAAUCUCCUCAGAUUAACUCUUUCAUCAGUCUGCACGAGUGACAUCCUGCAUAUAUUGUAGGUUUCCAUAAGCAUUAGAUGUUUGCGAGGCUUUUGGACAUUUCUGUCUGACUAAUUCAUCUGUUGUGAGUCACACCCAUUAUAUCCCUCUUAUGUUAUUUACUCAGAUGAAAGAUUUUAAUCAUAGGAACUGUACUCCCAAAGAAAAACUAACUCAACUGAAGCCAGGAGCAUUUUAACGUACAACUCUGACCCCCAGCUGCAGACACACAUGCAGCUUAUCAUGAGACAGUUUUUUUUCUGUAUUGAACCCUGUUUCUAACUUUGGUGAUAAUCUAGCUCUUAGCAGUGCUUAUGAAUGAUGAACUCUGAGGGAUUUUUUCAGUUCACAGCCUGCCAAGUUGUUGCUCCUGCGCUGCUUUGUUAAAGAUGAUGCAGCGAAAAAUCAGAAUCACAGAGAAAAUGAGUGUCUCUCUUAACAAAUGACAUGAAUCACUGACUCUCUGGGGCAUAAUUAGAGAUGCAAAUAAAUCUGUUACAGCUCUGUUAUGUCUUAUUUGUUUAAGUCUGGGUGUCAUAGGUCUAUCCAGACCUUGAAAAAUCUGUCUGGGUUGAAAACAGAGUCAUCUGCAGAUGUUUUGGAAAAAGGAAGCAGCACAUCUCAGAAAAGCGAGAAAGAGCAUGAGACCCAAACACAAAGACAAAUCACAGUUGAGCCUUUUAUUAAUCUGCCAGCCGCACAAAGAUGUUAAGUUUAUGUUCAGUCAAUUUGUUUCUGAAAUAUGUCUCUGCUCUUUGUGAGAAAUGGUGCUUGGCAAAGACCAGCACAUGUUAAAAUGUUCACUGCUCUGCCAGUGGAGUCGAACAGGGGUUUUAUUUCCAUCCUCUUCCAUCUGUUCAUCCCUCCAUCUGUUAACAGGAGCUGCUGAAAACUUUUUGGAAAGGUUAUUUGUGCUGACUUUUGAAAAGAAAUCUAACAUUUGGAGCUGUCAAAGCCUCGUGGUUAUUUAGCACCUGCUCCUCCGAGCGCAGUGUUAUUCCUACGGUGAGCAACAUAUUUACCAAAGUUUGUUUUUAAUUAUUCACACAGUAUUUCAUUUACACAUGCCCGGAUACACAGAGCCAAGGAACACACAAUCUUUUAUUUCUGAUCAUAAUAACUAUUGGCGAUAAGCUAAUCCGUUUUAAAAUGUCAACCUGUAAUCAGGAGCUCCCACAAGUGUAGACCGUUGACCAAACUUAGGUAACAAUGGCCUGAACUAUUAAUGUUCAGGUGAAUAUCAUAUUCAGUUUACGAUAUUUGUUGCAUCCAUCCGAGAACAGCGAAGAAAUAACGCCGAAUUACCAAGAGCUUUUCGGCUUCAAAUCUGUAUACUGGCAGGAGGCUGAACCAAGUUGUCCAUAGUAUAUACAGUGUAUGGUUGCAUCUUUGUCCAACCCUUGUGUCUCUGCCAACAUUGGAAAAUGUCAAUAAUUGUUUAAAAGCAUUUCAGAAAACUCUCAUCUUGAGACCUGAUGCUCAGACUGGUGAUGAUUACCACUCUCUGCUGUCACACGCUUUUAUUAUACCAGUCUGCAUCUCUGCAGGCUUCUGGGUUUGUCACAACCUCAGGGAAAUAAAACUGAAACUGCAUUGAAAUGCUGAUAUAAUUCCCCAGUUUCUGUAAAAAAAUUCUGUCAAAAUUACUGCAAGGAGAAAGUUUCACAGAAAAAGUUUUACUCAGUGUGCACGACUUUUGCUCUUCUGUGAAGCAUGUGUCUAUUCUGUGGGAGACCUGAUUGUGAUUAAAAUUCAAGGUGGACCUGAGUUUGGUCCGAUGAUGUCCAGCCUGGCUUCAAGGUUAGGAGACAGUACAGGACUGAAGUUAGAGUUCUCAUUUCAAGUCAUUGGAGGUGUCUCAAAGUUUGACUGUGUGGGUUCAUCCCCAGCGCAGUGAAGUGUGACACACACAGUCUGUCUGUCUCACAGUGUGGUAUUUUUCUUUCUAAAUGAAAUUUUGGUGCAGCGGUUUACUUGCCUGAAGAAAUUUCAUCUUCCUGGGUUUUGUGGGUUCCAGUUGUAGUGGUGUGUGUUGGUGAAGAUAUUGUUUUAAGGGCCUUUCAUUCAGAUGAGAAUAUCUCUGAGGUGGACAAAGUGAAUUAUCGCUUUUUUCUUAAGGCGCCAAAGCGGUCACGUUUGGAUAUAUUGGUGUACUGGUGCAAAAUGUCACAAGCUGGCAAGGCUGAAACUUCCUCACGAGCUUCAAAACCACAGGACACAAAGGUCUGCGUGCUGUGUGUGUGUGUGUGUGUGUGUUUGUGUGUGUGAACUCCCCUGUUACCACCACUCUUUGUAUUGUAUCCUUUCUCCCUCUUUCAGUCUCUCUCCUUUUGUUGUAGUUUCCCUUUGCACCUCCACGUCAAGUUGUUUCAGUAAAACAAUACAAUAGAGCGCAUUCUUCUUCUCCUCACACAGGCGAGCUUUGUUCACACCUGGCUUGAACUGCAGACUGAUGGUAUGAUGCAGAGUAUUGUGCUCCUGUGUAGAUCAGCAUAAAGGUCAUUUUUAACUAAUCAAAAACUGUUCAAGAUAAAGUAUUCAGUAAAUCAGCUGCAUCACCUACUUCCUUUUUAUACCGACUGAGACACUUAGAUUGAAAUAUUCGGCGUGUAAUUGUUUUAAAACGGAACUAAUUAGAGUUGGCAGUUGAUAGCGGUGCUGUUUAGUUGAUUCAUCAGGACUCUGUUUCAUUAUGAAAUUCAGAGGGAUUUGCUGAUGCUGUUUACACCCAUCAUUAGAACUGUUAUCACAGCCAAGCUUUCAGAUACAGCAGGUUGGUUGGACACAUGAUUCAUAAAUAGAGCAGUAGUUCUUCCCACUUUCCUCGUCCAUCAGCUGUCUUGUCUUUUGAAGAAAAGCCUGAAAAACCAAUAAAAAGAUGACGUGUGGUUCUCUGGCAUCCAAGUUUUACAACUUGUUUUUUGCAUGUUUUAUUAAAAUCAGUUUUCCUGAUAUCAAGAGCUCAAAGUUUGCUGGAGUGGUUUUCAAGUGUGUAGGUAAAGGUAAAAAAUAGUGGUGAGACCUGUAGUUAGGGGUGUCCCGAUAUGAUAUUGUUAUUGGAUAAAGGUCUGAUAGCCAAAAAAACGAGCAUCAGAUUAUAUCGGGCUGCAUCUAAAAAUCUCCGAUAUCAGCAUUCUGAUACAAGCAGUCCAUUCCAGACGCCGCUAUGGCACCUCUAUCUAGCAGCGCCCUGAUCCAGCGAGCUAAACCCACAAAAUCACAACAACAGUGUGUGCUAAGGUACUAAUAAAGUAGCAAGGAGUAAGAGCGAGGUUAGCCUUGUGGUAGUACUUUUUGUUUAAGCCCAAAAAAGACAUUGCAGACAUUGCAGCAGCUGAGUGAAAAACUUGUCAUGCACAAUUUUGUGCCAGUAUCGGAUCAAUAUUGGUAUCGGUCAAUACUAAAGGCUACAAUAUCGGAAUCGUAUUGGAAGUCAAAAAGUUGUAUCAGGACACCCCCACCUGUAGGGGUGUAAGGAGCUGAGAGAUGUACCGAUAUUAAGAUGUUCUUGUGAGAUCAGUUCACUGUAGUCCUGAGUGAAUUUGUUGAGUUUAACUGCAAUUACAGCAUAACACCAAAUGUUUGCCUCUUAAAUUUGAACUACUUACAUAUUUACUCUUGUACAAAAAAGCUGCCAUCGGUUCUGACUUUAAUGAGCUGAUAACAACUGACAACUUUUUUUUUAGUUAGAGUACCUUCUAGAAAAAACGAAACAAAACUUAAAAUUCUGCUGUAUUAGCUUCAUUAGUGUAAAUGUUUUUUGAUAUCCUGACGUCUAACUUUUCAGGAUUUAAACAAUGUAAACGCUUUGUUGGUUAUAUUUAGUGAUCGUUUAUUUCUGCUCAAGUUGAAACUGAACUUUCAGAUUUGAACCUCUGAGCUGCGAGUACACCCUGUUAUUUAUAUCCACAAAGCUUUUUUUUUUUUAAACCAAGAAAAUGGGGUGUUUUAGGGGCCACCUGCCCUGGGAAGGAGACAGACUGACUGAUGGAGAGAAAGAAAGAGAGAAAAAGAUAACGUGAGCUCUGAGCUUUAUGUACCUCCAACACCGCCCGCUCCAACAUUUCUCUCCUAUAUUUGUUUUCCUUCCUUUUUGAAGCCAGAGGAAUGCUACGCAUCUGCAGUGUGGUGUGUGUGUGUGUGUGUGUGUGUGUGUGUGUAUGUGUGCGCGUGUGUCUUUGCAGGCUUCCUGUGUGUUUGGUUUUGUGUAUUUAUAUGAGCCAGUGUUUAUGCUUAUGUGUUACUGUCAGCCUUUUGUGUGUGUUUGCCUUGCAAAGUGAAGGGAUGGGGGCUUUUAGGGCUUUGAGUGUGGGUUUUUACUAAGAUGUGUGUUUGUGUGUGUAUUUGUGUGUGUGUGUUAGUGUGAAAAAUGGGGAGCAGCCAGUGUCAUCAUUUUUCCACACACCCCUCUCCUCCUCCACAUGCAUAUUUCAUGGAAGCGGUCAUUUAUGUCGCCAGCAGGAGAGUUUCUUGGCCAAACCGCAUCACUUUGUGUGUCUGUGAGUGUGCGGAUAUUGUGUGUGUUUCUCCCUGUGUGAUGUCUGAGCGCAGACUAAAUAUGAUGUAUGAUAAUUAAAAUAAUUUUUCAUUUAAGAAAUAUUUCUAGAUGUCAGAAAUGGUGCAGGACAGCUGCUGUAUGUUUGCUGCACCUGUGUCUGAGCCUCAUCACCUGCUGUAGGAGCGGUCUGUGUUUGACGGAUGUCUGUUUAUAUCUGCUCUGUGGUUCAAGAUGAAGAGAUCAGAGGUACAUUUAUGAGUCGGGGCUGCCUCAUGACAGUUUUUCCCUCUAUGAAUGAAUGUAUCUUACUGAGUGUCUUUACUGAGAAAUGACAAGGACGGGCCUAACCCUGAGUGGUGACUCUGUAUGUGUACGUAUGUGUGUGUGUGUACAUUGCUCUGCAUAUGUGGCAGCUGUACACAGGAUGCAGUGUUUGGUCUGUAAACAGAAGCCUCUGCUCUGUCACUUUCAGCGUUGUGAAGAUUGGUUUUGGCCCAGAUGGUCUGAAAUGGUUUUCUCAACGUGGAAACUCGCUAGCCACAUAACCUGGGUUUCCUGUACAGUGGACUAUUAAUAAAGCCGUAAGAUCAGUUAACGACAGGAAAUUACUUUGCGUUGAUAUUAGCUGUUCAAUGGUUCAAGCACUUUUAUUACAGAUAUCUUGUUUUGUUCUUCUUCUUUAGCCAAAUGUCUUUGAACUUAGCCCAAACGAGAUGAUUGAUGGCUUUACCUUGAUUAAAUUUAAGUUAAGUCGACUUCGUUUCCUAUUUUUCUACUCACUGUCAGCAGCAAAUGAUGGAGGCAUCAUAUCUGCAUCUUUAUUAAGGGAAUUCAGUACAAAAAUGUCCCAAUGCCACACAUUUUGUUGUCAAUAUAUCAUAAAGGAAAUAAUAGCAAACUUCCUUCAACAUGAAGAACUAAAUGACAACCCUUGGGUCUUGAGGAGUGAAGCUGAUGUGGAAAUGCUGAAAACUGCAGUUCCCAACAUUUGUUUAAGUUCAAAGAAGCUGACAUCUCAUGUUCUUUGGCGCUCGCUGUACAGGUGUUGGUUUUCAAAAUCUGUCUCAUUCGUUUUAAAAAUAUUAAUGCUAAUGUAUUCCAUCUUUCUGAAUGCAUUAUAAAGUAAAUUUACCACCUAAAAUUGUAUGCAUAGUUUUGUUUGUCCUUUAAACUGUUUUUCUCCGUUUAGAUCGAAAUAAAUUGACGUUCGGCUCAUCCUGACCCUUGUAUCCUCUGUAUUCACCUCACUCUGACAGACCGUUACUAAACACAGGCAUAUUUUCCAGAGCUUUGGACUGCUAGUCAUGUGUUUUUCAAUUAAUUACCUCUGUCAGACAGAAACUAUUUUGGGUUGCUCAUUUCAAGUGUUGCUGAUGAAAAAAAUAUUCCAAACAUUUUCCAGAUAUUGGACUUGAUGGCUUAGAUAUUUCAGCUGCUGACUUUUAUUUGAAGCAUACGAGGGGCUCCUCUGCAAGAAGCACUUUGUUCUGUAAAUGCAAAUGUGGGACAAGUUUUACAGUAACCUGCAUCACAGCGAGGGUUUCAGUUCCUUCACAAACCACGUUAAGUUAUACAGUGCAGCGCCGUGGUUGGGUCAGGGCCAAGUGAGAUGUUUUUCUUUUGUUUUUUUGUUUUCCAGUCAAAGGUACUCAGGUUAAAAGUGAAAGUAGUACGAGGUGGUUUUCACUCAGAGAUGACUUGUAGCAAAGCUGGACGGCAGUAAGGUAGUCAUUUGGAUUGGUCAUCUACAUUCGAGAUUGUACGUAUAAAACCAUGUCAGAGUAUUCAGAGGAGUUACAGCAAAAGCUAAAGACCGAGGUAAGGAGUUCCUUUCAUAAGAACUUGAAAACUUGAACUUGCUCAAUUACAAAUGCAAAUAAAAUGUGUUUGUUUUAAGUUACCAUUUGUUUUAUUGUUCAGAUUUGCUUAAGACCUCUUAGAAAAGUUAAAAAGAGACUAAAUGAAACCAUUUAAGGUUAUUUAAGAGACAGGAAUUCUGUACCAGAAGUGUUUGUGCGUUUUUACUAUACACUUAAAUGUCGCUGCUAUAGUUAGGACACAAAACGGAGCCCCCAGCAGUCACACAUGCAUCUUUAAAUGUCAAUGAAAUGCAGAAACCUUAAUGUAAACUAACAAGACUAUGCCUUAUCUCAUGAAAACAUAAUUCUCUGAUCAGCAGUCCUGUGGUGUUGAUGCUGAAAUAGACAUUACGGCACAAAGAUUAUAGUUGAGUAAAUAAAGAUAACAGAUGUAUGUUUUAUUAACAGCUUUUGAAACUAACACAAGAGCGCCAGCAGCCCUGUGUGCUUUGUCUUUAAAGGGAUGUGUGGUGUCGUCGUGUGCGUUUUUAUCUCUGCUCUGUCAUUAAAGGAGCUGUAGGGAGGAGGUUUGUCAGAGACACUCUUACAAGUCCACCCAGGCCUGUAGAUGUAUCUGUUUUUAUUCUAUAUUUUCACAUCUAUGUCUAUUUCCUGUGUGAGUUUGUGUUUGUAUAUUUAUUCAUAUUUCAGCUUCAAAGAAAUGUCUGAGUCCAGUAGCUCAUUUAAUACCCUGAUGUUGACUUGAAUCAUUGUAGUUGCCUGGUCUAUGUGCAGGGUGUCCCUUUAAAAUAAGUUCUAACAGUUUUUUUUUCUUUUAAUUGACCAUCUGCCGACGUAAAACUUUUGUAAUUGAAUUUUCCAUUUAGAUUUUGAUUGUUUCCCUCUUACACACAAAACAUCACUGCGUACAUUUACUGAUAUAUCUGUACGGGAGAAGAGGGCGAAUGUAGGAAAUAAAAAGGUUAGAUUAAAGUCAAUUCAAAUAUAAGAAUAUGAAUAUUUAUAUAUAAAAUUCCCCCAAAGUAAAUUGAAAAAAUAAAUCAUCAACAUGCAAAGAUUAAAUACUGGUGAUGAUUGAUCAUAAACGCUUGUUUCUAUCCUCAGAAAAUAAUUUCGGACAUAAAUAUUGAUUAUUUUCUGGUGGUAUUGGGGAAUGAGUUUUUCUUAUUUCCCUUCUAAGCCAGUCUGUUUUCUGUUUGAGGCUGUAAGUAACACAAACCUUCCAGCGUCAGAUUUAAGCCCUUAAUUUUACACCUGGGAUCUGCAGCAGCGAGACCUUUGGUGCAAACUGAGGGAACAGUCCUGGUAGUUGGAACCCUUCAAUAUUAAUGAGCCCUGAUGUUUGGUUGUACAGUCUCAAGCUGGGUGUCUGAGUGUUUUGGUUUUUGAUGAUUUGGGCUGGGAAAUUUAAGCGUUUUGUGCAGCAGAUUUGCUUAUUCAUCUCUGAGCUGCAGAAAGUGCUGAGAGACAAUCACGGGGGUUGACACUUCCUUUUCCUUUGUGUUUCUUUUUACCUUGGAAAAGUCACAUUAAGUAUUGGUGCAGUUGUUUUCAAGAGCUAAAUCUGAAGUCAGUGCACGCAGCCUCUACACCCUGUCCUCCUUCAGCAGCUCCUAAAGUCCACGUCCUCCUGGGAGUUACCUCCUCAGCCUCUUGUUGAAUCAGGACAAAAAAACUUUGAUGGUUUAAGUUUGUUCUCAAUCCAGUCCACUCUCUGUGACCGUCAGUAGCCACGUUUACAUGGGCAAAAUUUCUUGAUCCGAUUAAAAAGUUGAGGGAUCGGAUAAUCUGAAUCCACUGUUUAUAUGGGUGCAAGAUUAAACGAUCCAAUCAUGACGUUGGCAUACAUUAACCAAUCUUUAUUCAGAUUAGAAGCAUCUGGACAUGCGCAGGGUUGUCUGAUUUCGCUAAAACAACCACAGAAGAAGAAGAGUUGUAUUUACGCCUGUGCUGUCAACAAACCAACAAACCAACAAAUGCAGUAGUGGCUCACUCCAUCCAAUUUAGGAGUUUUCCCCCUGGUAAUGUUGUCACUUGAUGGCGCCCUUGUGUACUUAUUUUACUUUUCUGUCAAAGGUUGUGUUGAGCGUGCAGAUGUGACAUCAUUACGCUGUAUGUACGCCUUGUUAAGUUAUCGGAAGAGCAGACACGGUACCUGCGGUUGUGUUUUAUGCCAAAGUGCUAAUAAUGAAACCUCCUGUACUGACCUUAAUAAAUAAGCAAAAGGCUUAAGAGUGAAGAUGGAGUCAGGUAAGAGAGUCACGAUCGGAAUAAUGGUUUACAUGAACAUGUUUCGGAAUAAUGAUCGACAUAAACCACCCCUCUCAAUCGGAAUACAAUUUCUUCCCGAUUGAGCCGAAUUAGAUCAGAAUCUUCCAAUCGACACGUUUACAUGACACGUUUUUAUUCCGAUCAGGCAUUUAUUCUGAUUGUUUGUGCCCAUGUAAAUCAGCUAGUGUGUCUUCAGUGGAAAGGUGCUCAUCCAGCCGACAGGAAAUCACUUCCAUCUUAUUGUUGAAGUAGCUUGUCUUAUACACCAACAUUUGACCAGAUCAGGACAAAUAAUACAGAUUCAGAUCUUUGAAUACUGCACUUAAAUUCAAUCUGCCUCUUCAUUUAAACACUUCAUUUGUCUGACAGUGGCAGGAGGCUUGGCAGAAAAAAGAAGUUGCAGGAAAUCUCUGGCCUCUCAUAAACUAGCAGCUUGCUGGGUGUGUUGCAUUUAGCACAUAAUUUACAUACUCUGCUAUGUACUCAGCUCUGACCGGAGUUUUUCUGAUUCAGCUGUUAAAGUAUGAAGGAAGAAGUUGCUGUGUUUUUCUGCACAGUUCGUUCACCCUGGUACAGAACAGCUGUCUUUUCAUUUCAUUUUUUUUUUAAAUUCUGAUUGAAACAAUUUAAUUAAAAAAACAACAACUGAGCUGGCAAAGAUAAUUGGUGCUGCAGUUCUGCAUUUGUGAUGUGGUUGAACCUCACUCUCGCUCCACUAGUCGCACGGAAAAGUAACUUAAAAGAAAUCAAACUGAGUGUAAUUUGCUCUCAAUUGAUUGUCGCUCAGUUGCACCAGAAGAAAUUUGCAUGAACUUCCGAUUUUUCAGCCUUGUCUCUGUGUGCUGCUGAGCGCUUUUCAAAAAAAUCUCUACAUGGCUCAGUUGGGGCACUUGAACACAUUUCAUGAUGAAUAGCAGUCUGUUACAGUCCCAGCUUUAAGUCUGGAUGUAUGCCGGGUCUUUGGCUUUGUGUCCUGGCUCUGCACAGGGGGUCUUCAUACAAUCAGCCCUACCCAGGACCCCCCCUCUAAAGAAAAGUGUCUCAAACUGCAGAGUCCUGGUUAAGUUUUUCUCCUGAAUCCCUGUACCCUUUGCUUGGCUUAAAAAUAAAUCCACCAUGAGGAGCGACCAUGUCUUCUAUUAUUUGUGGCUAGAGUGGCGUUUUGGCUGAUGUUUUUGCUUGGCUCCUCAGACCGCUGUGUAAUGCUAUCCUUCGGUCGUUACUAAAGUUGGUCUAACUAGAGAAGCAAGCGGUUGGCAACAGUCAUCUCUCGAGGGGUGUCUAACUUGGUGUUACGGUGUGUUUGACCCUAAAUUGAUUUUACGCCGGAAUAUCCCUUUAAAUACAUAUCAGAAUGAUUGGUCCUUUUUAAACUUAUGGAAAACGUACUUCCGUGAGUUUUAAGUAUGCGGUUACCAGUUAUUGUCUUUAUUUCAUGGUGAGAGGGUUCUACUUGAGGCCUGAGUCUCAUUCAACAACACACACUUACCAUUAUAGAACUGCUCACUCUUGUGUCAGUGAAAGGGGCAUUGCAUCACAAGAAUUAAUUUCUCCUCCUCUUUCUCCCUCCUUAAUUACAGCAAAUGGUGAUGAGCCUGCGAGUGUCAGAGCUGCAGGUGCUGCUGGGCUACGCUGGGCGCAACAAGCACGGACGCAAGCAUGAGCUGUUGACAAAGGCACUGCACCUGCUGAAGGCCGGCUGCAGCCCUGCUGUGCACAUGAAGAUCAAAGAGCUCUACCGAAGACGGUUUCCCGCCAAAAUGAUAUCCCACUCAGAGCUGGCCAUGCCCGGAUCACACCACCCGGCCUCGGCUGGAGUGGUCGGAGGAGGCGGUGCUGCACUUCCUGCUGGCCUGACACAGCUGGCGUAUGAGGGACACGCUGGUCACGGUGGCGCUCCGUCUCCUGCCGCCUUACUGCCACUCUCGCUGCUCGGACCGGGGAAACAUGAGCUGACCGGGCUGACGCACCACCUGGCAAACUCAGCCACGCUGCACCCGGUCCACCCAGAUGUCAAACUGCAGAGGCUGCCCUUCUACGACAUGCUGGACGAGCUCAUCAAGCCCACCAGUCUAGGUAAGGGUGUUCAUGUCUGUUGGUGUGAAAGGGAAUGAUGGAAGAUACGCGCAUUCAGUCUUUGUGUUUAAGCUACUUUUUCAGAGUGUGUCUGCAGGAUAUAUGAAAUAACUAAAAGUGAUAAAUGGAGUGUCUGUCACAUUAGGAGGAAUUUGCUGCUUGGUGAAAUAAAUAGAGUCAAACUUGGUCUCCGUAUCCAGCAGUAAGUCAAACCAUUUUUAUGUUGAGUUUGGCUUCUAAGAAACAAAGUAUAUGACUGCAAGAUGUUUGUUUCCUUAAUGCAGAGAAGAGUUUGGCGCAGAAGCCAAAUUCUAUGUCAAGAAAUGUAAGAAUAUGCUAUAAAUGGAAGGUUGUGGAGGUGGUUAAGACACACAACCGUUUAUAGCAACUGCAACCGACCAAGGGGGUUUUGUGCGUGUCAUCUUCUAUCUCCCUCUCCGUAUGUUUCUUCUCUUUACCCUCUAACUAUCCAGUCAAUUCAAAGUACCAAGAAAAGUCAAAUUCAGGGUUGUCAAUAUUUAUAUCAGCAUAUCUUACUCCAAACAGACGUCACAGCUGGUAUUUCAUGAUAUCUCUGUGGUGGAGAAUCUUCCUGUUAAAGCUGAUGCUGUGCCGUCUGCAGAUGUUACAACACAGCACAGAAAUGUUACUGCAGAAAUGCAGUUUUUCCAAAAACAGAUAGAGAGAGGAGAUACAAGCUUCAAACGGUUUCCAAAACAGGAAAUUUAAAAGAUUGAGUGGGUUAUUGGACCAUCCUUUCAUACAAAUGAUAGUAAUAAUGAUAAUAAUCUGGCUUCUGAAAUUUGCUUUCACUACCUUGAUUAUCUCAAAGUGGUUAUAAUUUAAUUUGAUCAGGAUAAGAGCCUUAAUUUAGACCCAGGCUUGAAAUUCAUAUCAUAAUCUGUGUCAGGUAGUCGGUAGUCUUUUGUUGCUGUUUAUCUGGAGCUAAUAGUGACAUGUAUUGUGGGUGAAUAAUCCCUCUAAUUUGCAUAUUGAUAUGGAUUGCUUUGCCAGAACUUGUUCAGGGGAGGCCAAUCCUUGAACAUCUCUGCAUGAUGAAUUGUUAUGUUUUUACUGUACGUUAUAGUUCAGGCUUUGUGACCAUUUGUAGAUCUGUGUGAGGCCUCUAAAUGUAAAUGAAUGGCUACAUUUGGACCAUCAACAACAUAUAUUGACAGUGUUAUCUAUUAUCUUCAAACAGUCACAUGUCUCUGAGGAUACUAUUUAUAGCGAGCAACGAUAGGACAGGCAUUUAUGAGUAUAGUUGUUACUCUGCAGCUCUGCAGGGACAGCUUGGAGAAUGGUUUGUACCGGCUAUGCUGACUCCACGCACAAGAACAAAGCUUAACCCCUUAUGUGAUGACACAGGGCUGUAAUUUAAUGUCCUAAAUGAAAUUUCUCUCUCAUUUAAAGCACCUAGUUCAGUGGUUUUUAUUUUAACUUUUUUUUUAAAUAUGUUCUUGGUUUUUAUUUUCUGUUUAAGAAGUUACAUGCUAUUCAGCUCCAUUGGUGCUGCAAGGAUCAGACUCCAUCAACAGUACAACAGAAUAAUUUUUAGCAUAGAGAUAAAAACACACAUCUUCCCUGUGAAAUAAGUGCACAACUGUCCCAACUGCAGGAGGAAACUGUGUGUUUGUGCAUUUAUUUAAUCAAUGGAAAGAGGGGGGGGUUGAGAAAUAGUUUGAAAGGCCUUUUAUGUGCUCAUAUUUGCCAUAUUUAAGCACACUGCUGUACAUCAAGUCUGCCUUUAAUUCGCUUCUUAAGAGACUUUUAAUCUCUGUUUUAUCUUGAUCAGAUUCGCCCUCAUAUUAGACGCAUAAUGCACCCAGCCUGCAUUUAGCAUAAUAACUCUCUGGGCUCUGGGAUGUAUUGCAAAGAUAUGUAAAUGUCUACAUUUUCCUACAUUAGCAUUUUAAUAGAGUAAGAGAGACCAUCUCAUGAUUAAUUUGCCUGCAGAUACAUGUACAAACACAGUGCCUGCAGCUCUGACAUCACAUCAGCUUUCUCCUUUUUCCUCUGCCUGUCUCACUCUGUCCAUUUCUCUCUGUGUCCCUCCAUCUUUCUCCGCCCUCGCUCCUUGUCUCAAUGGCUACCUCUGGUGAAAAUUUGCAUGCAAAGUGAUGCAGUCCCUGGUGCAUACACCUGUGCCUGCAGGACACACCCUAUUUCCAUUUGAAUCUGAAUCACAUGUUCACAUCACUCCCACAUGCACUCAUUACUGCACACAGUGUCCAUUCAAAACACUGAUUUACCAAUAAAUAAUGUAGGCUGAUUGUGUUGUUCUCAGAAAAGCGAAGAGAUGACUGAGAAAAAGCUUCUGCCUAUUUUUUUUUUUUCCCCUGACAAUUUCAAACUGCUUCGUGUAUGAGCCUCAGUUUGGAGGUGAUGACCCUCUUUGUGCAAAUAAUAAUGAAAGUCUGUAAUGAAUCGACUUAAUUAAUUGUAUAUCUGUGCUCAUGGGCAGACUGGCUGAUUUUUCCCUUAUCUUAAAGCAGCUUUUGUCUCGUUCUCCAACACACUCUGUCUCCUUUCUUCUUGUUUACUUCUCUCUGAUCUCCUGGUAAAGCUCAAUCCUUCUCUUCCUCUCCCCUAUUGUUGCUGCUUUUCUUCUUGCCUUGCCUCCACUCUCACUCUCCUUACUAUCUUUUUUUUUUUUCUUACUGACUCCCUUCCCCCACUUGCUUGGUUCUCCCUGGUUUGCAAGAUUCCUCUCUUUUUUUGCAGAAAGAGGCAGAUUUGUUCCAUGUCUGUGCUCGACCACAAUUCUUGCAGGGUUUCUGCACGGGUGUGCAUGUGCAGAACAGAGGAGGGAAAGAUUACAACAAGUUUAGUGCAUUCUCACAACUUAAAUUGGAAUAGAUAUAUCAAAGUUGCUCUGUUUUACAGCUGCACUGCAGUUUUAUGUGUUCGAUUCAGCCACGACGGGUAGAAUUAAAAUUUAAGGAAACAGAAGGGUACGGAGUGCUUUCAGUAGAAGAGCAGCAGACUCUUGCUGAAAGCCCGGUGCUUAUGUCAGCCUCUGAAGCUGCGAGCAAAGGAUACAAUUACCAUGUCUUUAAUUAACAGGACAUUAAUUUUAAAAACAGACAACAGGAGAAAAGAUUAUUGGUUGUGACUACACUGGGUUGUCUUCAGGACAUGGUUGGCAGAGUGAGAGGAAGAGAUGCUGUACCAAACUGGGCCCUAGAGGAAACCCAGUGCAGUCCAAUCCAAUCAGCUUUUCCUCCUGUCGUCUGUGUUUUUAUGAUGUUUUGGUUUAUUCGUCAUUUUACAAAUGUUGGGGCACAAUAGAGACAAAGAAAUAAAAGGUCAUGACUAGAAAAAGACAGAAAAGGACAAAGCAUUACAACGAAGGAUGAGGCGUGAUGUGAGUCAUCAUUGACAGGGGAUGAAGCGAUUAUUGUUCAGAUUUGAUUUAUUCCGUCUCUUCUGAAAAGACUGAAGUCUUACGAUUGGCUUCACGCUUCAAAAUUGCCUGAAAAACUCGUGUAAUGGACAGAAAAAAAAGAGUUAGACGCAACCAGGUUUUCAGAGAUGAUCAACUGUCUGUCAAGCUCUCCUGCUGACAUGUGCAGGUCGCUUCAUGAUUUUCUACAGACUGAAAAGGUGCAGGCUGAGGCUGCAGUGUUAUUACGCUGCCAGUUUUAAAUGAAACAACUUUUAGACGUUUGAAACUGACAAAGGACAAAAUUCCACCUCAUCAAUUCAACACUUUGUUCACAGAGAGUUAAAGUUGGGAUUUUUUAACUCUUUUAAAGUGUGCUGCAUAGCUUAACUUCUGCACUGUGCUUAUGUCACGAAAUCGCUUUAAUAAAGUAACUUGAGGACAUUGGUGUUUUUUUUAACCUUUUAUUUCAUUAUUCCUUUUCUCUCAUGUUAGUUUCUCAUUCUGAACAACUUGGACACUUUCUGGCAGUUUUUUUUCCUGCUUUAAACACAAUCUGUGCUGUUUUAAGACCUCACUGAGCCUCUAAAUGUUGGACCUGCAAUUUUAUUGGCAGUGUUUGUUUUUGAUAACAACUUUUGUCUGAAAUCCUCUUUCUCUCAAAUGAAAAUGGAUUUGUUUGUGCCUAAAAUGAAUUUUCCUGCACUUUAUACAGUGAAAAGUGUCCUGUUGUUGGUGGAAGGUGAUAAAUUCAAGGUUACUCUUGCUCCACGUAAAAAGCCUUUUAUAGUAUUGCAUGUUCACAGAGAAAUUAUGCUCUCUUAUGGUGAAAUCAAUCCAAACUCUUUUAUCUGCAGCAGCAUAAAUCUCCAUUAGAUAUCCCAAAAUAACUGCACAUCCUCAUAAAUUGAAGAAAGGUAAAAAAAAAAAAAGAAGUACUAAGAAACAUGACUGUAUUUAGAUCCAGAUUUCCUGCCUUUACCUGAUUUCUCACAGUUCCCUGUGUGCAUGUAAACGUAGUUAUUAUCCAUCUCACACCAUCCUCCCUCUCUCCCUGUCAUUAUCCUGCCUGCUCCCUCCUUCCCUUCCUCCCUUCCUCCCUUCCUCCCUUCCUCCUGGGCAGCCCUGUGCUCUCUGCUCAGUCUGAUCAGUUUGUACGACAAAGGUUAGCCAACAGUUUAGCCCUGCCAGUUUAAACUGGUCAGCUCUGCAUCACCAUGGUGACCUCGCUGGUUGGACUCCAGUCUCAUCUCCAUCAUUAUCCAUCCUCCAUGGAGAACUAUGUCUCUGCUCAUUAUGGAUUUCAUUGUGGCUCGCAUGCAUUAUACAUGAUUUAAUCACCACAUCUCCAGUAAAAGGAUGCUAGGCUAUUUCUGGUUUGAUGAGCGUUUGGGCAGAAUGGCUAGUUACACGUGAAGAUUGCUGUGAUAUUCAUACAAAAAAGGGAAAAAUCUGCGAGCAAUCAUUAGUUUGGAGCUUUGCUUCCUCCAAAGAUGAGUCACUCCAUCAUUAUAUUUUUGUAUAUUUAGUCUUGAGCAAACCUCGACCAGAUGUCUGGGUUUCAUCAUAUUGUUGUCUAUCCAGGCUAGUAGGUCACAUUUUUGCCUACGGUUUAUUUUUAAAGGCCUCUGCAGCUCUAUAUAAAGUUUGCUUUAGUUUAGCUUCAUUUGUAGAAAGGACUAUGAUUAUUUUCAUUUUUGGUUUUACUGUCAAAUCUGCAUACUUUUUAUUUGCCAUAACCGAUGAACACAAAGGAGCAAACCUUGACUUGGAAAAAAAAAAAAGGCUUUUUCUAGCAGGGUCAUUUUUGCUUGACUGGGUGACUUAUUGAAUACCAGGACAUAAAUACAACAUUGGCCUAAACCCCUUCACAAGCCUAUUUUUAGAAAAACACCCACGCUUUUUUAAUGCCGCUUACAAAUAAAGCUCCUGUAUUUUAAUCUGUCUAGACUGAGUGCUGAAAUGGAUACAUCGGCUUCUUAAGACCUCUAAGAGCAAAGAAGAUCAUCAGCAACAAGUCUGAUGAUUUCCCUGUAGUGCUUUACACUUCUUUAAAAUGCUGUAAGAGUGAGUGAUUUAGUUCAUUGUUUAACUACAACAGGAUGAAGUUUUAAUCUGAAACACUUAACAUGUACAGGACAAUAAACGGGAGGUGUCAUUUUAUCCACAGGAGGUGCCAAAACUAACAAGAAAAAAAGUUCCUUACAGAAGCUUUGACAUGUCACAUUCAGAUCAAGUAAAAUGUGAUCACAUUUGUAAAUUAACCUCUCUUAGUGUUGGUACUUUAACACCACAAAAAUGAUGGAUAACAUGUAAUGGGCAUACUCACACAUGUUAAGACUUUGUAUUUGGGCUUGUCACCUUCUUAAAUUUCACUCUCAAACACUAUAUUUCGUGUCCUAUUUUUCCUCUGCUUUGUUCACCAUGUCUUGUAAGGAUGGGAAUCAAGAACCAGUUCUUGUUGAGAACCGGUUCCAAAUGGUUCAAUCCAUCGACAUCGGUUACAUUUCAUUUUAAAAACAACAAGUUUUGUAUGGAAGUUUUGAGUUUGUGUAGCGUGUACUAACUGAGUUAGAAGCACAUAAAAAACACUCGACUGACCAAAAAAACCCUCAAAAUUUUGCUUGCGACUCCACCCCGCGUAGCUUUGUCCUCUUUUCGGGGAUCCAGAAUAUGGUCACCCUAAUUUGACUUAACACCGACCAAGCAAAUGCUGUACAGAUAAUUUGUCGUUUGAUCAUUUUUAGACUCUCAAUGAAGGUGGCAUACGUCUUUAUCAGAGACUCAAUAAAAUUUUGAGUUAACAUUGAUGACUAUAGUUUACCUUUUUAAAUCAAAGAAAGGCAUUGAUAAGGGAAUCUUAAAAGUUUUGAAUUGAAAAGCAGAAUCUUUAAUGGCAUCGAUAUCGAUAAAAUCUUAUCAAUUCCCAUCCCUAAUGUCUCAUCAUCUUUUACAGAAACUCAUUUUAAAAUCUUGUUUUGAAGCAGUAAGUUAUUGCUUGUAAGUUUUCUGCUUGAACAUUUUAAACAUUAGUUAGUCCAAUAAAGAUACUUGGUAAGCACACUUCAUUAUAAAAGAUGAGUGAUCGCAGUUUUGAGUAAGAGAACAACUUGAAUGUUCAACCUUUAGCUCAUCUGCUGGUUAUCUUUAGAUGCAUUCACUGGGGUGAAAUUUGUUCUUCCUUUCAGCCAUAAAACAGCAACAGAUUUAUUUUCUCUAAUGUAAGGAGACUUCAGUUGAAGAUGUUGAGACCAUUUAUAAGCACACAGGAGGACAAAAAGGUAACACAUGAUCAAUGCUGAGCUAAUGAAGCAUGUCUGAGAUCUGUUUGUUAUCUGAGAUUUCACUGUACGCUCAAUAAAUCGAUUCCGAUGGACUGUGCUUGCCUUUUAUCUAUUCAAGGUAACCGUGGCAACAGUAAAUAUCCAGCUAAUCAGUAACAAAUGAGUACUGAUGUUUUCAGGAAAUGGAAAGGUUACACCAGCAGGAGUAAACGUCAUGGUGUUUAUUUUUAUAACUUCUUUGAUGCUGAAUGUCCUGAAGUUAUCGAGAAAAUGUCAGGAUAAUGUAGGGGGUUUAAUGUCGGGGUCACUGUAGUUUUUUAUUUUUUUUUGACCUCACAGUAUCAUUUUUGAACAGUUGAUGUCAGUAAACAGAAGUCAAAACAAUCUAAUCUCCCAAGUUCAAGUUCUCAUAACAGCAGUUCUCCCCACUGCUGGAGUGUCCUUGAGCAGCACACUGUCACACCAUCAUAUAUCAGAUAUUCUGUGUGUUGUGUUGCCCUUGGAUUGGCAGGCAGAAACAUGUCCACUCAGGGAAUCAGUAAAGAUAGUAUAUCACGUACAUUAUCAGCCGUAUACAACGGGUCAUCAUGGUCAUGUUCCCAAACAUCUGCCACACAGAAAGCAAUAAAGCUGCUCCUCUUCACCAGCCCUGAAAACACAACCUGAGAUCCUCAAACUCCGAUUCAUACGACCCCUUUGUGAUCCCGAGCAAAAUCCUUAUCUCACUGUAAACAAGCCUGCCUCCUCACAACAAAUGAACAUCAACAGAGAAGCCCCUGGCUGCUCAGAACCAUAAACAUGCUGCACAAAAUGGUUUCCCACUCCUCUCAGGGCCCUAUAAAACCAGCAUUAUGUUCUUCUCAGCCUGGGUUGGUCCGUCAUUGUCCUCAAGAGUCGCCUGAUUAGACGAACCGAACCCUGAUUUUUAAAUUUUAACAGGUGUCACUCUCUGGGCCGCUCUCAAACAAAACAUCGCUGUUCUCACCGCCGAAAAAUGUAUUUUAGUUUGUUUCUUGAAGACUAAAGAAGUGCGUAUUUGGCAUGAGGCCAAGCUGUGAAGACAUUGUGAAAUGGCUGCUACGGAAUAUAAGUUAAUGGGGAUAGGAAGGCCAGCUGCCAGACUGAGAAAAAGUAAUGGCACCCUAUUAUAGCAGUCCUGUAAGCACACUGGAAUGCCUUAAUGAGCCCUGUCAAUAUAUAACCAUGCAACACCCGCAUGCAGAUAAUAAAGGGUAAUCACUGCUAUAGGGAGAGAGAGAGAGAGAGAGAGCCAGUGACACUUCUGGAAAGUUUCCUAUCGUCCCUGAAUGUGGGUGUGACAUCUAGAUCUGACCCUUUGUUGUGGAUCCUUCUAGCACUGUAGUUGUCAAUUUGAGUGACGCUUGUCUUUGUUCCGCCUGUGAAUAACGGUGUAUGUUGUGUUUGUGCACGUAUGUGUGGAUGUCUUUGUUUUUUUGUGUUAGUGGGUUUGUGUGUGUGUUUGCCUGCGGUGUACCAAGCAGAGAAAAAGUAGCAAAGCCACUAACAAGUUAAUAAAGUGCAGCUGGGCUUUGUUGUACUGAGGACUCAGGCUGCAGAGCUGAGCACAUUCUCCGGAGCUGAGCUCACACUUCUUCUUUUCGAACCAGAACCUAGACUUUUCUGGUUUUAUUUUUCUCAGGGUGCUGUCAAAAUCAAGAUUGUGAAAAUAUUUGUCCAAUUUUUCAUGCUUUUUGGUAAUUACCCUGUAUUUUCAGAUAGAAUCAUUUUGAAAAGUUUUCUGGGGGGAAAUAAAAAUGUAGAAAUAUGAUUGUGUUUUAUCUCAACAAGUAAAAUUCUUACCUUCAUUAUCAUUUUAACAUCAAUAACUUGUACCUCAGCUUAAUGUUGCUGUCGGUAAAGGAGGGGCAAACUUUGAUUAAUCUACAGACUGCUGUGAAUAUCAGUUAAUAUCUAUCUUUGUUCCUUCCAGAAUUGAAAUACUAUCAAUGAUGAUAGGAAUUAUAUGCAGCUUUUCAGGCGCUCUGGUGUAGUUUACAGUUGAACAAACUCCAGCCAAGUCUCAUGGACGAACAAACGUUGUUUUCUUUUCCUCUAGAGGACAGACCUGACAAAGGCUGCUUUAUACUUCCUCCAGAUCUUCAUUGUGGUGAUCGUUGAGAAUGAGAAUUAGCAACUUGAGAACCAACUGUGUGUUUGGAUCAAUAGCUCAGGAAAUUUCCCCACCUCAAGAUACUGUAUGGUAGCACAAUAAAAGCCCUCAUUUCUGCGUCUUUACAUCCACUGAAGUAGCCCCCAUGGCUUGGAGGGGAAAAAACAACAUUUAAAAUGCUUGUUUGUUGGAUAGGAGCUGGAUCAAUCGUACGUGAUGCAUUGCCGGGGGUCAGGAAAUCUAAAUGAUGAUCGGUUUUCAAGGCGCUGUGUCAAGAGGUUUGUUUUCCAAGUUGAAAUUUUAGCCUCAGAAUGGAUUAACAUCACUUGUUUGCGGAUAUUUGAAUAGAUAAAUAAACAGGCAUCAGAGGAGCACCAGUAUGUUGUUAGGGCGGCUUGUUUCCCGUCUUCUCCAGCUCUCCAUUCAGUCUGUUUCUUUUCUGGAUACAGCAGAGCUUCCAGGUAUGUGAUUAGUCAGAACUACAGUCACAAUAAACCUACUACAAAAGCCAAAAUAUAAACAUACUUGAUUAUUUGAGUACAGGCUCAACAUGUAGAUUUUGUAAAGACAGGUUACACCUUUGGACUAACCAUGACAGUUAUUUAUUCACUGAUGGUCAAAGUACUGCAUGUAUCCAUAACAUACAGUAAAGCAGUAGUUUUAAGACAUAACAGAAAUACAUAUAUGAUAUGCUUUAAAGUUGUAGUAAUGUAACUUGUGGUAAUAGGGCUUGACGAUACAGAAAAAAAGUUUAUCACAAUAUAUUUUUUUCGUAUCUGUCGAUAUCGAUAUAUAUCACAAAAUAAAAAAUAUGAAAUUUAACAGUGCUUAUUGGUCGCAUGUCUUUUGCAAUACAAUAAGCUACUGCAUCUGUGAGUUCUCCGUGUCUCCUCCACGUUUUGUCGUAAGGCGUUGCGCUACAGAAAGCGGACUGAAUGGUCGGCUGUUUCAGCUGCACAGGCGCUAUGGCCUCCUUGCUCCGCUCAGGGUUUGUAACCGUUUGCACUGUGUGUGCUCUGCUGAGUGGCACUGCUUCAGGUGUGAAAAAGAUUUGAGGCAUUCGCUGACUUUGUGAGAACAUGUUCUCGACAUCAUUUGCAGUGCACAUUACUCUGCUUCAUGUCCGACCUCAAAAAACCAAAAUACCUCCACACCACCAGUGUUGUCAACGAUGUCAUCAUCUGUUCAGCCUUCAUCUGCAUUUCUGUCGGGGGGUAGCACCCAUUUUCUCACCAACAGUGCUGUCGGCUUCACAUGUUUAAGUGCCGUUGUUGCAUGUAGCUGCAGCCUGCUACUACGCAGUUGUUUGCUACUUGUUUCUAAUUUAGCACACGAUUGGUUCAGCGCGAAGCGGACACAGAGCAACUCCCCUUUUCAUUGGCUAUUUGUAUAGUCUACCAAAACAUGGCGGAAUGCCAACUAUUGAAAAGCGUUUUGACCAUGUUUUGUAUUGAUAUAGAGGGAUUUUAGUUUUCGAUGUUAUCGUUUUAUCAUCCAGCCCUCUGUGGUAAUGUCAUUUAAAAUGUCCAAAACAGAUGCUGAACUUUACUCAGCUUUAUUUACAGACUUUAAUUCAUGUCUCCCUCAGUUUUGCUGUAGCAAAAGUUUCCAUCCUUGCUAAAUUAACUCAGUCUAAUGAAAUCAAUCCAAUAGCUCACUUAAAAGUUUUGGUGAUUUAAGAAACUGCAACGUUUUCAUGAUGUCUCAGUGAGGACAGACUUAUUAAUAAAAUAUUGACCAAACACAAUAAAAUUAAAAUCAAAUACAAACCCAGACUGCAGCUGGUGAUUACUGUCAUUAGUGUGUCAAUUAAUCUGACAGUAAUUUCCUGGACAGUAUUGUACAAAUACCCCUCAUUAUAGAUCACCUCUUAAAAUGGAGCAAAUUGUAUGUUUUGGCUUGUUUCUCUCCACCGUAAACAUCAUCGUUGAAGGCCAUUCACUCAUCUGUCACUCUUCCCACCAUCUGUCUCUCUAACACACAUUUCGCGUUACAAGACAAUGUAAAUAGUGGUCUGUGCAGCGAGGGUCUGAAGGACUGAGAGUCUUCAAGUUUUCAGGUCACACAGUCACUGCGUCGGGACACUGUCAGUUUGAUAACACCUUUCACACAACCUCUGACAGAUAAUUAUUAUCACAAGACAGUUAUGAUAGUUUUGAGGCAUGGCACCAAGUACGUAAUUCAUCACACUCUGCAGAGAUCCAUUUUAAACUCCUAAAAAAACGUCUCUCAACACCACCACCAAAGUCCUGGUACUUGACUCUUUAGAGACGUUCACUGAUUAUUCUCCUUAUUUGUUUUAUUGCAAUCACAAUGUCUCAUUUUAAAUCACUAACAUUAACUCAUGCUGGUUUGCUCCUCAGCAGUCAUCAGUAAGCAGCAGUCAGUUUUCUUGCAGAGGCAGAAAUGUGCUUAACAGUAAUUACAAUUCUGCUCAUAGCAUCAUUAAUUUUGAGUCUUAUUUCGGUGAAGUUAAAGAGACUUCAUUUAUUAAAAUUACAUUCUGCAUGAGAUUUAGUCUACUUAAUUUUUUAUAACAGCCUCAUUCUUAAAACAGGGAGGUUUUCUCAGGGUUUGUUUAAUUUUUCCGCAAUAAAUAAUGAACUGGGCACAUAAGACGCAGUCAUGGUCUGAAAUACGGCUUUUAUUUGUGCAUCAAACUUGUCAAAAACCCUGAAUUUGAUGUCGCACGCUCUGGAUGCAUCUGCGAUUAUGUGAGUUAUCUAAGCCACAGUGGGAUUCUGACGGUGGGGGUUAAGGAAAGUUUUUAUGAGUGUGUGUGAGAGAGAGAGGAAGACAUCCAUUUAGGCUCAUUUCAACCGGUCUCAUAUCUCUCCUCACCACACACACACACCAGAAAGAAUCCCACCACCGAAGAGAGUGAGCUAGGGAGUGAUGGAGAGAUGAUGAGUGGGAGAGAGAGAGAGUGAGAGAGAGAGAGUGAGAGAGCACUUUCUAUUUAUAGCGUGUGUGCCCGGAGAGGAGGAGACUGUUGUUCGAAAGCACACUCAGUGCCUAUGAUUUUGUUCUGCAGUAUACAGGCUGCCUCUUAAAAGAUGCAUGAAUAGAAACAUAGUGUAUAUAUACAAGCAGUACAAAUUACACACUGUGUGGGUAGUUAGAUAGGUCAUUACCGAGAAAAUUAUUGGCUGUUUGACAGGCUUGAUGAGAGGAGGGGCGUGAUUGGACCAGGAAUCAUGCACAAAAACUACAGACUUUCCCCCUCUUGGUGCCUCAUAAGGAUUGAAACUACCUUAGUGCACUUUAUGGAGCUGAGAGAGUGUGUGUGUUUGUGUGUGUGUGUAAUCCUGCAUGCACACGAAUUCUCUGCAUGUGUUAUAAGCUGUCAUUCACCGACGGUUCAGCCUGAUUAAAGCAACAGUCACGAUUCAUGACAGGUAAUUCUGAAGCUCAUCAUCCCCCUCACUCACACGCUCGCUCACUCACUCACUCACUCGCUCGCUCAACCUUCAGGCAAAGUGAUUCCCACCAAGAUUCAGCAAUUAGGUCCCACAAAAAUUGAUGUGCACGCACAAAGAGAAAGCUCUGGUAUUGCACCAGGCAGGAUGAACCUCUCGCUCUCGUGGUGAACGCUAAAAGCUUUUCCUCAGCUGUAAGGAUUUGAGUCGGUUUCAGUUUAGCAGCAGUGCGGGUUCCUGCAGAGUCAGAGUCGAGUCAUUUGUCUUUCCUUCAGAGUUUGAAUAAAUGAGCAGCGGUUAACUGAACUCUGUUUCUCAUACACGUCAAAGUUGCGACAAAGUGAUGCGGUUUGACUGAAUAUGGUGUCUACAAGUGUGCUGCAUCUGUGUUGUUUCAUAAUGUGUAAAACUGUCAUCUCAGACUCUAGAUUGAGAACAUGCAUCCCUUUGUUCUGGUGUUUGGCUCACUCACAGCUCGCUAGUACUACAGCAACCUUUAAAGGAGCGACCUCACACACACACAUUUGUAUAUGUACAACAUUUACACAUAUAAAUCUGUCUGUUUUGUUUUAGCUGAGUAUGAUACAGACUAAAAUUAACAAGACUUUAAAAGACACAUCAGUGACAAGACUGGUGGGUUUUAUAUUGUCAUUUUGAAAACUUGUGACCACUGUGAGGGGGCAGGUGCCAGACAAGAUGAUUUACAGCGUCUCCUUCUGAUUUUCCCACCACAGAUAUUCCUGAGUGAUGCAAUUUACAGUUUAAAGAACAGGAUGAGGAUUUUGUCAGAAAACAUUAUUCACACACGUGCAGGUGGAAAUUGGCAGAAAGGUGCUUUGUACGGAGAGCAAAAGCAAACAGAAAGGUCCUCACAGGUGUUUUAAAGAGAGAUGGUUCUACUUUCGCACCUUAAGACAACAAACUACUUUGUCCUUUUUCUCUACACAUUUAGCUUACAAGAUAUUUUUGAUAGUAGUAAGUGUGUUAUCACUUUGAGAAAGCCAGGCUAGCAGUGUCCACAUGAUUCCUGUUUUAAAGGGAUAUUUUGGCGUAAAAUUAGGUAAGGGUCAGACACACCGUAACACUGAGUUAGACCUCCCCCAGAGAUGAAUGUUGCUGACCGCUUGCCUCUCUAGUUAUACCAACUUUUAGUAAAGAGACUAAACACAACUCACCUACUCUCUUCCAACAGCCGCUUGUUUUUUGCAGAGACCUCCGGGCGAGUCCAUCGACUGCAGCGGGGUGACGCAGCUCAAGGAAGAACAUUUAUGAUUAUUUCUACAUGGAAAUGCAAUUAGACUGAGACACUAAGGCAGAAGAACUACCGUGUCUGCAGUGCAAAAUCAUUAAUAUGAUGAUUACUACUUUAAGGAAAUGAUAAAGUAAUAAUCAUAAAUGUUCUUCCUUGAGCUGCGUCAACCCGCUGCAGUCGAUGGACUCGCCCGGAGAUCUCUGUACAAACAAGCGGCUGCUGGAAGAGAGUACGUAAGUUGUAUUUCGUAUCUUUGUGAAAGAAAUCAGGCAAAGUUAGAAAGAUGUUUGGUGGCUAGUACUAUGGCUGGGACCCUAUAUGUACUGUUGAUGAAGUUAGGUGCUGUUCUGAUCAUUAUUUGUGGCUAUAGAGUGGCGUUUUGGUUGAGCGUGUGGCUCCCUGUAUUGCUAUUGUGGGGUCGUUAGUCGUUACUAAAGUUGGUAUAACUAGAAAAGCAUGCGGUCGACAACAUUCAUCUCUCGACGGGGUGUCUAACUCGGUGUUACGGUGUGUUUGAGCCAAAAUGAAUUUUAUGCCGGAAUAUCCCUUCAAUGCUAAAAGCUAGCGACUCCCUCAGCUUUAACUUUGCCCCAAAGAACAAACAUGAGAAUGGUUUCAAUCUUUUCACCCUUCCCUCUGAAAGAAUAAAUUAAAAGUGUUCUUAAAAAUAUUCGCUUCACCAUUGAAAUGAAUACAGAAAAUGUCUUUCUGAACACAGCUCACAGUUUCCUGUUUUCUCCUAACCUCCUUUUGACACACACUCACAAACUUUUUCUUGCCUUUGAGAACCUGCUGUCUCUUUAAUGAAGGCUGGGUUAGUAGCACCAGUUAUUUCCAGCACCUCUCAGUGGGCCUAAAAAUAGAUCAUACACUCACACCCACACACACAUACACACAUUUUCCUCUUCCUCACCCCUGUGUGAGGUGGUCUGGUUUUGACAUCCAGGUGUGCUUUAGUUUUUCCUAAAUUUAUACCUGCGAGGUCUACCUACAAAUUAUGUCUAUGCAGGAGACACCCGCUGAUACACUGCUGUGCACACACUUCUCCUCCUUCUUUCUUUGUUUCAUGCAGAUGAUUUAUUUGAAGGUUAAAACCGUUGUGAGGCUUGUUCUGCCUUCUCUCUCUCGGUCUUUCAGUCGCAUAUUUUUUGAACUGUUGGCACACAGUUUGUAACUGUUGGAAAACUUGGUGCAUAUUCAGAUUUCCCAUGUAUUAAAGAUAUCUGUCCUUCCUCUUUCUGCAGCAUCAGACAACAGCCAGAGAUUUCAGGAGACGUGUUUCGCCUUUGCAUUAACACCACAGCAAGUCCAGCAGAUCAGCAGCUCAAUGUAAGUUGAACGGUGCUCCAUCAGUAGGGGAACGUGCAUAAGGCAUAAAUAAUUCAUAUAUGUUACAUACUUUCUGCAGAUGUGUGGUGAUCGAUUUGUUUCCAUGCCCGCAGGGACAUCUCGGGGAACAAAUGUGACUUCUCAGUUCAAGUGCAGUUGCGGUUCUGCCUGUCAGAGACGAGCUGUCCGCAGGAAGACCAUUUCCCUCCCAAUCUGUGCGUGAAAGUCAACGGGAAGCCGUGUAACCUGCCGGUAAGGAGCUGCGUCUUAACAUCAUAGAUAAACAGCAGAUGACCUCUGAAUUCUGACUCCUUUUCUGUUCUCUCUCAUGUCAGCAUCUCUCUUAAUUAAUGUAAGACUUUAAAAAAGCAGUUCCUCUGUUAAAGUAAUCGUAUCUGUCUUUCAGGGUUAUCUUCCUCCAACCAAAAAUGGCGUGGAGCCUAAGCGGCCCAGCCGGCCCAUCAAUAUUACCUCACUGGUCAGAUUGUCCACCACAGUCCCUAAUACCAUUGUGGUGUCGUGGACCGCUGAGAUCGGAAGGGUAGGAACCGAAGUGUUACACUUUCUUACCUCUGAACUGACGGUUAUGAGAAUAAAGAUCAAAUUAAUCAUAUUUUAUUUAGUUACUUUUUCUUUCUGAACUGAAUAUGUUUGUGUUUUUGGAUUGUUUUAAACCCAGAUUCACCUGCUGAGAAGAUCAAGGCUGACACUUAUGUUGAAUAUCACAAUUUAGCCCACAGCUUAUCCUGUAACUGAUAUUGCACUCUUAUUUGUAAAACAGUCUGUCAUUUUAAAUGAGUUUGAUUUAUUUGUUAAAAACUGCCUUUUGCUGAUAUUUUUCAGAGACAGAGUAACACUACUGACAUUUUAUUGUUUCACCAUGAAAACACAAUCAGUGUGUCUAAAAUUAUGAAUUCUCCUCCCCGGUAAAAGCUUCUUUUCUGACUUUGUAGUUUGGUCGUCUAGAAUCUUAGCAAUCCUUAAACACAACAUGAACCUCUGCGUCUAACAUCAGUUCAUUGCAUAUUACUUGCAGGUGUGCAGAUAUCUCUCAACAGGGCAAAUAUUAGCCCGUGCAGAUGCAUCCAUGCGUUUAGGGUAAUGUAAAUAUUUGGAGAUUGUUGACUCAUGAUAAGCUUUCCUGUAAUUUUCUGUGUACUAUGUAGCUCAUACAAGUAAAUCCAGUAAGCUCUUAUUAUCAUAUAAUUUCUCAGCUUCUUUGUGAUGUUGGUAAAACUCAAGAUUUAUUCAUGAAUUUCUUAAUCUACCUCUGCCAGCACAUACUUGUUUUCUCAUAAUUAAAAUUUUCCUCACAGACUUACAGAUUUAACGGUGGUAUUCGCUGAUCAUACGCAUAUCUGUGCGCAUCAGUUCAAAGCCGAAGACUGACUGAAUGCCGCCAACAUCUAUAGAAAUGAUUCCUAUUGAUGAGGGUCAUUUUGACAAAAGUUCUCAGUGUACAGCGCACAAGUCCUCUCAUCCCUCUUUUCAGGCUAAACAUACAUGAGUAACUCCCCGAGCAGUAAGAUCUGCUUUGUAAUGUAAGCAUCCUUCCUGCUGAAAUGACCUGGAAUAACCCCGCUCAAGGACCGUCUUUGUAGCUGGCCCAGACCUUUGAUGUCAGCAAGCACAAUGAGUGUCUGUGUGAAUUUUUAAGUAUCUUUCCACACAUUAUUAUUAAACCGCACUGUGCAUUCAUGUGUUUCCACAGAGUUACUCCAUGGCAGUGUACUUGGUGAAGCAGCAGUCCUCCACAGUGCUGUUACAGAGACUACGGGCUAAAGGCAUCAGAAACCCAGACCACUCCAGAGCUCUCAGUAAGGACCGCCAAGCUUUUUUUUUUUUCUUUCUUUUUAGAAAUCUAAAAUGUCAGAUUUAUAUCAGGGCAGAUGCUGACCUUAUUAAGUGAUUAAGUGUUCAGCUGACAACCAAAUCACUACAAAAAGAAACACAUAAAAGAAGUCAUUAUGAAUAAAUUUGCUUGAGUCAAGACUGGCCUUCAGAUCAGCCCCUGGCUUUAUUUCAGUCCCACAUAAAAAAGGCUCCAGUCAUUUUCACAAACUAACUCAAAUCAAUUUAAUAUAAUCUUAUUGAUGCAUUUGAUACGGACGUGAUGUAACUGUGCUGUACGGAUCACAAAAAAAAUCAGACAAACACGAUCAACAAAUGAGUGCAGAACAUUUUCACAAUCUCAUCUAUGAGAUGACCUUAACACAAACCGCCGAUACAGCCCACACACAUACUGUCAAAGUACAGGUAUUGACCCACUAGUGUAAAGGAACACACACAGGACACCCACACAAUGAUCUUAUGAACACAAACAAACUCAAAUAACUCCCAAAAGCAAAAGAGAAAUGCUGUGUUUUAACCCUUUUAUGUAUCAACGAUACUUUGGGAUUAGAUGUUUGUUUUUUGUCAAAUUCAUGAAGAAUUAUGUCAGUACCUUUUUUUUUUCAUAUUUAGAGAAAUAUGCUUCAUCUUACUGCAGAGGACACCGAACAUCUAAGAAUACAAGUAUUUAAAUGGGACUUUGUACUGGUCCCUUUUGGACACACAAAAAAAUAUCUAAAACAAUAGCAAUAAAGGGGACAUUUUUAAAGAAAACAACAACUUAAGACAAAAAAAAAAAAAAAACAUUUAAAAUUUAAAACGAGGAUCUCACUCAGCCUCUGUGCUUGUUUUUGCUUACUGUAUACUCAAAGACAUUCAUGCACACACAUCCCAACAAGUCUAAACGUUCAUAUGUUAACGUUGUACUGAACUGCAAAAUCUGAAGAAUAGUGAAACGGUCUGUAUUUUAGGAUAAGAUAUAUCUCAUUUGAGGCCCAAUGGGCUGAAUAUAACCUCAAAUGCAUGACAUCCAUUAAAGUGGGCAGAUAGAUUUUCACCCAUUAAAAAAUAACUGCAGGAAAAAUGAAAAAAAAUCUUUUUGGCCCUGUCAUGAAAAUCCGUCUAAGAUAUUAAAGUUUAAUUUUAUGAUACUUUUUGUGUUGUUUUAAUUUGUUAUUUUAUUCAGGUGUUUAUACUAUAUAUUAGUAUUUUAUCUUAUCUGCUUUUCUAUUGAAAUAAAACCAUUUCUUUACUUAAAUACUCAUUUAAAGUUGUGUGGUGGGGUAAAGUGUGAAAGUCUGUUAUAAGUUGGGGAGAGCUACUUCAGUUUAUUUACACAGAUUCAUUGUUUUUCCUGUAUUUGCACGUUAACCCCUUCAGAUGUUUCAGAUUAUUUGCAAACUGUGUGCAUCCAUUUGUUCGAAAAUCAAGUGCGUAGAGGACUUUAUCAGUUUCAUGCAGCAUGAAGAGCUCUUGAAUGCUGCUUCAUUCCUGGCCUGAGUUUGGAACAAAAAGUAAAGAGGUUGCAGUCUGGAACUGAUACAGAGUAUGUUCUCUCUCUCUCUCUCUCUCUCUCUCUCUCUCUCUCUCUUUGUCUCUCCCUCCUGUCUGUGUGUGUGUGCGUGUGUGUGUUUGUGUGUAUGUGUGUCUGCAGUCAAAGAGAAACUCACAGCAGACCCAGACAGUGAAAUCGCCACGACCAGCCUUCGAGUGUCGCUUCUCUGCCCGGUAAACAUCCUUCCUGCUCCUCAUAAAUUCUACGGCUUUUCUUGAGAUUCAGUCGUGUCAAAACGCGUCUGUCCAUUCCUUUCUUUUUUGCUUCCUUUGUGCGUGUCUCAACAUGUCUGUGCGUCCUUAACUCCCAUCUGUGCACACCAUACCCCUGUCAAUUUAUAUCCUCAUCCCCUAUCACGCAUCUGGCACAUGUGGGUCUGGUGUGCUUGUGACAUUUAUCACCUAUACCCUCCAUCCCUGCUGUGUGUGUGUGUGUGUGCCUCUAAGUGUGUAUUUCUGUGCGUGUCCUCCUCAUGCAUGUGUGUUUGCUCUGUACAGCUGGGGAAGAUGCGGCUGAUGAUCCCGUGCCGAGCGCUAACAUGCUCCCACCUGCAGUGCUUUGACGCCACACUCUACAUCCAGAUGAAUGAGAAGAAGCCCACCUGGGUGUGUCCUGUGUGUGACAAGAAGGCCCCCUAUGAGCACCUCAUCAUUGACGGGUGAGUCAUCCAACCCCCUGUCUCCUCCUCAUAGAUAUCACACUUAAUUACUUGUCAGAAAGUAGUGGGAAUGGGGUUUCUUUUUUUAAACAAGCAUAAAAAAACCGAACAAACUGACUAGAAAGCAGCGUUUCUAGUGACUUGCUAAUGAGCGAGGUGCUGGUAGGAGAAUUUUGCGGCUUUGGACAAAGGAAGUCCUGCUGAUUUCUCCUAUUUCUGGUCUUUUAAAGGACAGCUAACAAGCUUCUGCCUGUUGCUUCAUUUCCACAGUUGAGAGAUGAUUGAUUUUUUUUUUCUUAGUCUUGCCAAGAAAGUAAACAAGCUUCAAGAAAAUCUCUUUUAUCUUUUACAGAAUACCUGCUGUGAUUGAGUUUGAGAGGCCAAACAAUUCACUGGAAUAAGUUUGAAUAGUGAUUUAAGGUUAAAUAAAUGGAUGUAACGACAUAAAUAUGGGGCACAGCGGCAGAGCGGCUCACCUCUCAACUCGAGGGUUAACACUGCGCUGUGUGUGACUGUGCUUGUUCUUGUGUGUGUUGGUUCUUCCUCCAAUCCGCUGCAGGAUGUAGUAACAUUGGUGUAAUGGGGGAAAGAUGGUGUUAGUUAUGUGUAGUGUCAGAGCUGGCAGGGCAGGACAGCACAUACCUCAGUGUGUGUCUACGUUGAGCUCCUGCUUUGCAUUAAUAUGUCGUGCCUCUGGAGCUUCUGCAGAUCUCACAACGGGACACAAUUAUUGUGUAGUUGUGAAGUUGAAUGUGUAAGUGUAAAGCUGUGAUGACAGUGCCGAUGUGGAAUUACAGUGUGAGAGUAGCUCAUGUUUGAUAUAGGUGUGAGUGUGACAUGUCAUGUUUAAGUGUCUGUUUUUCAUUUACCAGAAACUACUUUUAAAAUCUUCACUGUGGAAAAUUAUUUGGCCAAGAAAUCUCAGGUCAAGACUUUCAAUGGUUAUUUUUGUAAUUAAGAAAUUGGUGUUAUGAUGAAGACUUAAAAAAAAAAACUGAAAAAACAAAUACAGAUUUAUUUGACGAAUGAUUUGUUUGACAUUUUUUUUCUUGAAAAUGUUUUACUUCUGGUUCUUAAAUGUUGGAAUUUACUGCUUUUAUGGUUAUAUAACAGUAAGUUUGGCCAAAGAAACUCUUCUCUUCAGCUCUGUCUUAACUUAAAGAGGUUUAUUUUGUAACUUUUUAAAUGCACAGAAUAAAAAAAUUCUUUUGUUAUUACAAAAACACUUUGAAGACUGAGUCUGAAAGCGAGUGUAACUCUCAUCAUGUUUAGCAUUAUAAGCAUCAAAACUGUCUCAUAGCAAGUUUUGAUGCUCAUAAAGCAAAUUAUAAACCAUAUCAUUAUCUAUAUUCUGUACACAUGUAAAUAUGACUCAUGUAUGUAUCUUUUUCUUUUUUCUUAACUCUAAGUUUCUUUAUACUUUAAUUUCUCUUUGUGUGUCUGUAUGCUGCUGUAAAUUUGGAAUUUCCCCCUGUGAGACUAUUAAAGGAACAUUUUAUCUUAUCUUAUCUUAUCUUCCUGAAUACAACACAUGUUAAAAUAACCAGAGAUGACCAGAAUACCGCAUGAACACCACUGAAUUUUAUAAUAGGAGGGGAUGAGCUUGCUGUGAAACUAAAGGUGGUUCUGAAAAGCUUUGAGUUUGCUGCUUUUUGAGGACAUUAACCAAAGGGAGCUUAAGAAAACAUGAGUGUAUAAUAUCAAAGAGAAACACUGACAUGUGUUUCAUGCAGAGAAGUGUUUACAGAGCAGUGUUAAUGUUGGCCUGUUUAGAGUAGAUUUAAUAUUUCUGAGAACUCAGUCGAAGUGAAGGGUCUUCCCCCCUCUCCUCCGCCUUUUGUUUAGAAAACCUCGCUAAUUUCUGUGUGUGUUUGUUUAUGUUUUCUCGGCAGAGUUUGUUCAUGAUGAGUGUGUGUUUGCUUUCAGGCUCUUUGUGGAGAUCCUGAACAGCUGCAUGGACUGCGAUGAGAUCCAGUUUAAGGAGGAUGGCAGCUGGGCCCCCAUGAGGUCGAAGAAGGAAGUGCAGGAGGUCUCGUCUGCCUCCUACAACAACGGGCUGGAUGGUGAGAUACUUCAGGAGGGGAUGAGUGGGGACAGGGUGGGCUGUGAAGAAGAGAGGUUACCUCUGUAUGACGGCAGAGAGAGAAAGCUGGGAGUGAUUAAAGAAGGAUUACUAAGGCGCAGUAGGAAGAAAGAGAGGGAUCAAGCGUUUACAUCCCCUCCCCUCUUUGUUUAUGCGUUGUCAGUUAUAAUUUGGUGAGGCAUCAAUCAAAAAGCCACAGAGUAAACUGCCUGUCUCCAUGGUUACAAACAUACUGUAUCUCAUACCGGGGCUGGGGAAAAUGUACAUGCGGGCAUUUGAGCCUCAUUGCAGCCUCAGCUCUGGUUUUUACUCCACACCCUCAAAAAGUCCUAAAUAAUCUUAACACCUUUGUUGAUUUUUUCAUAAUAACAAAGAAUAAAAAUGCAGGUAUAACACUUCGCAAUCAGCCUCCUCUACUGCUUUCAAAAAGAGAUAAACAUAAAAAGAUAAUAAAAUGACAUGGUUCCCCUGGGACAACAGAGAUAGACAACAGAACUAAGUAAUCUAAUGAAGCAGUAUGUUAACAGACAAAUGAGGAAAGAAAAGGAAAAACUAAAUCAGAACGGAUAAAUGAGUGUUUUAGUAAAAGUGAGCCAUAAACUUUGAAAUAGAGCGCUUUUGUCAAACUGCUGCCUGGGUUGACGUGCGAAUGAAAGUUUGCAAAGUUAUCCUGAGAGGAAGUUAGACGUUGUGUUGAGUCUCUGACCCAGUGUUUAUAAGAGGGAGUAACAAGAGCGAAGCCACGAAAUCCUGUUUCAAAUAUAAAUGUAAUCACUCAAACUGUUUUGUUUUUCUGUUGAUUCUCCGCAGGUUCAUGUCGGACAUCUGCAGCCUCGGAGCAGCGGACUACCACGUCAUCCGGCCACAGCGGUAACGACAGCAGCAACAGCAAAAAAGUGGAGGUGAUCGAUUUGACGCUUGAUAGCUCCUCGGAAGAUGAAGGACAAGAUUCACCGCCCCCUCCUCCACCUCCGCUCCCUCCUCCACCCAAAAGAGCGUGUCCCUCUUUGUCCCCGACCUCACCGCCUGUCAUCAACAAAGGGUCAGACACACACACAGACACGCUCCAUGCUGCCAGUGCAUCCUUCUUUCUACAUACUUUGGCUGUGAUUAAACGUGGAAAUGAGGAUUGUUUUAGCUGCUGACACGUGUGUCUAGAUGUUAAAUCAUUCAUGAGUUCUGCACUUGGACUCCCAAGUAUGUUUUUAUGUUUCAUUAACAGCUUUCACAGAAGGUAGCAGAGAGUGCUGGCUGAGGGCGAUCUGUGUACAAACUUCUUUUUAAAGAUUAAACUGGGUGAAAGGGCUUUAAAUAGAUGACUGCACUGAAUCUACAUGUUUUUCUGAAAAAUAAACUCCAUAAAGAGGAAUAAAAAUUAGUCUAAUAUUUGUUUACAUGCAUAUAAGGUGCUGAUUGAGUUAAAUAAUCAAUAAACUCUCAGGUUCAUAAAUGAUUUAGGAACUUUUUAACUAUCAAACAGAUUUUAAAGAGUUAAAUUUCUUCUCAUCUUUUCAGUAUACAGUCACUAACAGUCUGAGCUCCUCUUUAGUAUAAAACUCUAAAGCCACAGAAGGAACUUACAUUUAUAUAAGAGCACAUAACAAAAAGCAUAUAACUUGCCUUGUGUAUGCAUUGACAUUUUAGGUCCUGUGGGAGUCAUCCAAUCACCGACCUUGAAGUUUUAUCAUGCGUGCCGUUGAGAGCAGACUGUGUGUUAGUUUGAUCACUUCCAGUUUUGAGGUCAAAGUUGAACAGCUUAAGCAAAUAUGGUGCCAAAAUUUGUGAAAUAAAAUAUGAAUAAAAUAUUUUUAGAAAUCUCCAAUGUACUCAUUUGAUUUCCUCUCCAUGGCAACAGAAGCUAGGGCUCAUGGAUGUUUUAAAUGCAAACCUGACUGAUAAAAGAGGAAGAAAAAAAGGUUUAAACUGAUUAUUUGAACAUCUGCUAAAUACGAGAAGGCUGGUAGAAUAUGAGAAUGUGUAAGGUGACAGAGGAUUUGUUUAAAGAGCAAACUGAAAUGAAAAUGCAGAGAAAUAUUUGAAGAACUUCUGGAGGUGGUUGAAUAUUUAAACUGAAGCUCUGUAAAAUUCAAACAUCCACUUUUAGUUAAAUCUGAAUUUAUUUUGCGAAUCUGUUCAGAAACUAGAGACACUGCCUUUCAUUUGAUUGAGGCCUGUUGAUGUUAGUGUUCAGGGUCAGCAGAGGAGACGUCAUUCUCAUGAUUGACCUGAUGAACAUGACAUGAAAUAAAGGAGUCAUUAUGCUUCACACGGAUCACUUUAUCUAAACCUCCUCUUUUGUCUCUUCCUUCAGAGUGCUGAAUCUGCACCACCAGGCGUCUCCUGUGAGCCGGGCUCCAAGCAUACCAGCUGUAGACACCAGCUACAUCCCUCCUGUCCCUCCACUCAUACAGGACUACAGACCGUACUACCACACCCCCAAUGAGCUGUCAGGUACAAACACAGAAAUACUCUGUACACAGCAAACUCAGAAUUCAGGGCAUCUUCAGGUAUUUGUAAAAAAAAAAAUAAAUAAAAAGAUGACUUUCAUCAGGUGUACCUAUGAAGCCAUUGAAAUGAUUAAAAUGACUUUCUGAUGAGACAGCUGAGCAGAAUAUGACAGAAUAAAGUCUUGAUGCAGAAAACUGGAGUCCAAAACACAUUUGAAGAUAUAGGGCUCUAUUUUGGUGCCUCGCCGGAGAUCUGCCGCAAGCGCAGCGUCAAUCAGAUCCGCCGCGCUGACAAGGCGUUCCCAAGCACAUUUUGGUAUUUUGGUGAGCCGCGCAGCCCGGCGUAAGUAUCCCCCCUCCCUAACUCAGCUCCUCCCGGCAGCAUAAAUCAUAGACGGGGAGGAGAGAGGGCGUAUAGGGGGUUUAACACAGCCGAGACCUGUUUUCACCAAUCACAUAAGCUCCUCUCCUUGCCUUUAAAUCCGCCACCGGCGAGGCGUAUUACUAUUUUCAUGAAGUAGUCAAAGAGAUCAAGAGAUGUCUGAAGACAGUUAUGCCACGAGAUGGCGACAGAGGGCAGUUGCUCAACAAGUGUCCUCCACACUCUCUCAUCUGAGCACAGAUGGAUUUGGUGUGCGUAAUGUUGGACCCACUGGUAAGACAAACACCCUUUUCCACAAAAAAGACAUAAAGUCACAUAAAGUUGCAUAUAUUCAAACCUCACGUGACAAAGGUCGGUUUAGCGUACAGAUCACAACAUAAACUCCAAAAAUGGCAUUAAAAUCGGAACCAUCUGUGCGUAAAUGACGCAUCGCGCUCCGUGGCCUGGCUCUUUCUUUCAUAGAUGUUGGCAUAUAAAAUAAAUUUGGCCCACAAAACUGAAUAUUAUAAUAUCCGUAUGUCGGCUUAAAGUAGAUCACGCAUCUGAGCACUGAAACAAAUCAUCUGUUCAGCUGCAGCAGCAGCAGCAAGACGGACAGAGGACACGGAGACGUGUCCAGGUCAAGCUGUGCGAGAAAUAAGAGGAAGAAAGAAAAGGAGGGAGACACAUUACAUAUCUUGUUAACUUCAUCAUGUGUGUUUAUUUACUAGAUAUUUAAUUUAAUUUGAUGCAGUUUCAGCUGUAUUGAUUCGGUCAGGUUGUGUGCCCAAACGCGUGCCAAACGCGCUCAUCAGAUCAGAUAUAGAUCAGAAUAUAUCUAUAUAGAUCUAAAUGUAUGUGCUGACUCAGAUUAAUAGUUGUUGAUGAUUAUUUAUUGCACUGAAAUCUGCCUGACACUGUGGAAACCUGCCGGUGAGGCAUCGGUGACGUAUGUCGAUACGCCGCCGGUCUACCAAAAUACUACUAGACCAGCUGCGUUCCCCCUUGCGCUGAAAGCUGACCAGGUUUGAAUCGGCGAGCUUUCAGCGCACGUUACACGCCGGUGGCGAGCACGAAAAUGUCACUGCGCCAGCUGAUUCUGUCAACACCUCCCCCUGCCACGCCACCACGCCCAGCUUGGCGGAUCUUGGCUCGCCUCCGUGCGACUCAGUCCACGAAAAUACCGAACUCGCCUUACGCCGGGCUCCACCAGACGAAAAUACAACUGCGCGGGGCUCGCCGCCCUCCGCCGCCUCACCGGCGCGAACGAAAAUAGAGCCCAGAAGCUGUGAAACUUUAACCUUCCUCACAUUGUUUGAUGAUUUUAAAUCAAACACAUAACUUUUUUUUAUUUGAUUGUAUAAAACGUGUCACUUAGUGUGGAGUAGUUGUAAUGGUAUUUCUUAUUAAAAGCAAUUAAACUUGUUUUUUAAUUACUGUAAAACUCAUUCCUGUGUUUGCGUUUAUCAAACUGUUUUUUUUCUGAUGCUCAUCAUUAAUGUCACUUUUGCUUCACUUCCAGAGUUGAACUUCUUCUCUUUUCUUCAAGGCGACAAUCAUCAGGUACGUACAACAGAGUUUCACAUCAUGUGAACAUGUAACCAUGACUCACUGUGAAGUACUUCAAAACACAACUUAGAUAAAACUCUAUGUGCUGACUGAAAACACCAAAAAUAAGCCCUUCUCUGAGUGUCUGACACAAACCCUCUCUGAGGAGUGAACUGAGCAAAGAUAAAAGAUCCUGAAAUAUGUCCACGGCUGCUUAGAUGUGCUUGAUUUUGAGUCUUACUCCAGUGAGAGUAAAAAGUAACUUCAACUCAACCUCCAGGCACUGAUGUGAACCCUUCUCUGUUUUCCAUGAUGUAAAAAGCAGCUACUUAAUGAAGAAUAUGAGCCGAUCUCACCUCUGAGAAGAUGCUGCUCUCCAACUUUUCAAACAUAAUGUUGUCUAUGAGUUGGACGGGUCGAGAUUACCUCAGACAACAUCACAGUCGGCUUUUAAAGCUUCAUAAAUGUUGCACUGCUCUGAAACUCUGAAGCACUUUGGCUCGUAGUCUGCUGGAGUUGAAAGCGUAGAGGGAUCAGUUAGAGCUUUUAAGUAAGAGUUCUCCAGAGUACCGCGAACUCCUCCCAGUCUCACAAGUGAAUGUCAGGGAAAGAGAGAGUUAUGAACAACUAUUGAGGCCGAUCUUUUCACUGAGACGACUAAGUGAUUAUCUCAUGUGUACAAAUCAUCAACGUGCACAAGUUGGUUGAGAUCUUUGGUGCACAAGAUAACAUGUUUGUGACUUGUGUAUUCUCUCUUUGUGUCGGGUGCUGAAAAAAGCAUUUACAUUCACUUCGGACUCUAUCAUGCUUGUUUAUUCUUAGUAGAUCUUUUUCACUGCCAUCUUUUUUGUCGAUAUGAGCCAUAGAAAAUGCUGGAGCUCCAAAAGCAUGAAUUUAGGUGACUGUGGGUUAGUGAGCUUCACUCAUAGACUGUAUAUACUAUGGACAACUUGGUUCCGCCUUCCGCCAGUAUAAGAUUUGAAGCUGAAAAGCUCUCGGUUAUUCCAUGAUUAUUCUUCACUUCCUGAAACCAACAUUGUGCAGUAGAGUCGCCUUGAUGACGCUCGGCUCAAACAGCGUAUCCUCCGCGUGAGCUGCACAAUCUUGGUACGCCCAUAAGCUAUAUCAAGUGUCAAUCAUAGAAAACAUGAACCCCCCAAUAACUUUUAAAAACGGAGCUGUACUGAAAAAAAGAGGACUUGAGCACAAACCAGUCUUACUGUAACUACAUGUCAACAUCACAACCAGGGGGGAGAAAAGUUUAUAUUCUGUGUAAUAAAUUUCUAAAGUUUGUCCACAAUGAUGGCUGGAGGAGGCGGGAUUUAUGACCUAUACUGCAGCCCGUCACCAGAGGGUGCUGUUCCCAUGGUGGCUUCACCCAGUGAGGAGGCAGACGGCGUUCGUUCUAUAUACAGUCUAUGACUUCACCACAGAGAUGAAUAAAGCAGUGAUUCAGCUUGGGGAGGAAUGGUGGACGACAUUUACACUACAACAGAUUGAUAUCAAAACAAAGUGUUUGAUAUUGAGUUUGGAAAAUCUCUCAAACAUACCAUCAAGAUGAAAUAUACCCAUUGUCGAAGAAAAUAGAUGUUUAAGAUAACUUGUCAUUUUCUUGUGCUCAUAAAAAGAAUCAACUUGUGGCACUUCUCAUCAUUUUUUCUGACUCUGUUUCAUGCACCUCCGAGGGUUUCUUCUGUCAAUCGAUUUUCUAACUGUACAGCGAGAUCAGACUCCUGUAUUUGCGCCCAAAAUGCAGACAGAUUUUUUUGAGCGGAUAGCACCUUAAGUAAUUGACACAACAGGUUUUAUAACCAAGAAAGAUGCAAAUAAAAGACACAAAGAGGGGAUUGCAAGGUCUCAACAUCAAAGAUAAUUUCAGCAAUUAUUACAAAUUACUUGGGGGUCUUAGCAGGUAACCCUAGCAAACAGGAUUUCCGACUGAAAACAGACUUACUCCUUGAGUGUCUGGAUGUCUUGAAAACAUGGUCGGCGCUGAAGAUUGACCUAACUCUGAUAAUCACUUCCUGCUCUGGUGUGUCCCUCCCUUCACUCAGCAUUACAACAUGGUGAUGGCAGCAGCGGCCGCAGCUUCAGCCUCAGCAGAAGACCACGAGCUGCUUCUUAACCGCUUCCUCCCCUACAGCACCUCCUCCUCCUCGUCACAGCUUUUCCUCGACCAAUCAGGAGUGUCUUCGGCCAACUCCCUGACAGGGCCCACCAACGGGGCGAGCAACUCAGGCAGCAGCAGCAGCCUGGUCUCGUCCAGCAGCUUGCGGGACACCCACUCCACGCACUCUUCUUCGCACUCGAGCUCACACUCCUCGCACGCUCACCCUGGGGUGGUGGCCAGCCGGAGCAGCACUGAGGCGGCGGUGGCAGCUAUUUACGGCGGGAUACCGGAUGUUAUAUCGUUGGACUGA